AUGUACGAUUGCAUGGAGGCGUUCGCCGUCACCCCGCGGCAACUCUACGAUGUUACCAACCGGAGCCCGUGCAUGCUGCGGAAGUCAAGCCCGUGUUUCGUGGGCUUGGAUCCCUUCGGGUGGCCCCAGCCGGCCAGCUUGCAAUGUAGGUGAUCCGAGCUCGUGCUGGUGUUUGGGGUUUUGUUUUGGUCUGGGGUGGGGUGGGGUGGCUCCUUUGGGGAGGGUGCGUCCCUGGGGUGCCACGCGCAUGCAAAAGAAUGAAUUGGGUUCCGCGUCCAGCGAUUGUUGACAUGGGUUGGGGGCAGGGCUUUUUUUUGUUUUGUUUUGUUUCUUUUUAAUAACCGCGCGUGGGCGUUGGGCGCGAGUGGAUCCGGGUGGGCAUCUUCCUAGAGGGCGCUGUUCGGCGUGCCGUCCGACCUGAUUGGUUGCUUCGCGUUCCAAUUUUCCAACUUUUUCUUUUCCUGCUUCGGAACUCUUGCGCCGCAAAAGAGGCGUGGGGAGGGGUGGGGGAGCAGAAAGCGGGUCGGGAUCCGAAAUUUUAUGGGUCUCCCCCCUUCCUCUGCAAAAAAAGAGGGGGGGCUGCGUGACUUAAGCUCUGGGACGUUUGCAACCCCCCCUUCUGUAAUCUGGGCAGCGAUCUACUGUGUCUCGGUUACAUGGAAACUGGGGAUCCCUCUCGCUCGUCGCUCUUUUGUCUUGAUGUGGAAACGCGGAUUAUGAACACCAGAUGAGGGGGGAACUUUGAAGUUUCUUGGCGACCUGGGUGUGGGUGGAGGGGAUGUGGAGUAAAUCAGGAACGGCAGAAAGGAAGGAAGACUUUCUUUUGGGAGACGAUGCCUAGAAGGCGGGGGGGGGGACGGACGUUCAUCCUUCACAAAGCCUGGCAGCAGGAGUUUAAUUUUUUACUUUUGUUAUCUUUCCUCGAUUUAAAGUAAAGGGGAUUUGGCUGUAGUCUACCACGCCGUGCAAAUAGAAUCCUUUAGUUAGGCAAUGCUGCGUCCUUGUUUUGUACACACACUAGACUGUAGACACUAUUGGAAUCUGGAAAUCUGGAAGUAGAAGCGGAGACUUGGGGGUGUUGUGUUUGCGAGAUCUGUCAAACACCCAAGGGUGUCCCCAGCGGGUCCUGCGUUCCCUUUUCUCUUUGAGCAGCUGCCAAAUCGCUUCCCUCCCUCCCUUCCUUCCCCGCUUUUUGGCACCCACCACCAGUGUUUACAACUUGCAGAAGAACAAUCCUUUGAUAUUUUUACACACACACACGGUGUGGUGCAAAGGCAGCUCCCCAUCACCUUUGGGGGCACCUGGGGAGGAUGCAGGGUUAAGCUCCGCUCCCCUUUCUCCCGCCCGCCCCCCUCCUUACCCGAGGGGAGCUCGCUUUCAAAGCGGUUUCGUUUGGAACGGCCCCACCCCAGCCUGGCUGCCAAAGCGCUCUCAAGAAAUGUGGCACUUUAACUCUUUCGACGGCGCCUGGAAAUCAAAACGCGUCGCUUCCUGCCUAGGUCUAUAAUUGAACUGUGGGAGGAUUCCUUCUCCCACCCCGAGCGCUUGCAUGAGGUUGCAGAAGCACAAAUAGAAGCAGCGCCCUUCUUCGUGUGAGGACUGUAGAACACUGUGGAACUAAGAAAUUCUUACUACUGUGCUGUUUAAUAAAAACUCAACAAUAGCCAUUCCAAGGGAAUGGAGGGAUUUUAUUACACAGGGGGGAUGCUGAAGCUGAAUUCGAGUCAGGGCUCAGUCAGGGACCUGGUUUUAAGAUCAAGGUUCAACUCAGAAACAUGUUAAAUGAUAAAGGGAGAUGUUUCCCUGGGCAAGGCCGGAAUGCCUUUUCAUCACCAUGAAGUAACCCAUGCCAUCUAGAAUUUGGGAUUCUGGACUAUAGGCUAUAGCUUCAAGAUAGGCUUGACAAAUAUAUUGGCACCACUCUCUUUACAGAAAUAACUCUUUACAGGUUAUAACAGCCCACAGGGCUUCAUUCCCCACUUAGCAGAUGGCUUGCUGUUCCAGUGACUGCUGCUGCUUAAAUAAGUGCUUAGUACCCAUGGAGUGCCAGGAACUUUUGGGGGCUCUGGAACUGAUCUGGUCUCUCCCUCUCUCUUUCUCUCUGGAGGGCUAUGAAGUGUACUUUUAGGAGGGCAGGAAGGGUCAGGAGCUGACAAAGGAAAGAGUGAGGAGGAUACCUGGUGGUAAUGCAGGAGAGGCAAGGAUGGGCCAGUUUGUUUGUUUUGUUGGCUUAUUUGUUAGUAGUGCUUUUCAUCUGCCCAUCAUCCCCUGAUCCCAGGACAGGGUACAAUACAGAGGAGUGUACAAUGAAAACAUCUCAACACAAUUAAAAGAUCAGAUAAAGCGUUAUCGUACAGAGGGGGACAUAACAAGCCCUCAUCACAGGAGCACCCUAAGAGUCAUCCUAAUAUUCAGCAGAAGCCCAGAAAAAAGGGAAAGGCUUUGCUGAUGUUUGACUUUUUGAGUGGCACCAUGCCAUCUUUUGUUAUUUGGGUACAGGGGAUGCAGGGGAAGAGACCAUUUGCUGGUGUGUGCUAGUGUCAACCAGCACUUUCCUCCUUAUUGCGGAAGUAGCUGCAAAACUGAGAGAGAGUUGAGGCAUCCCCUCUGCACCAAGUUUUUAACUUCGCUUGAUUUUUGUGAUGACACAUCUCUGUUUUAUGGUUUAUCUGCCUUGGCAUCAGUGAUCCUCCACCAUCUGGCACAAAAAAAGUGUCUAUCCAGAAGAAAGGGGCAACUGCUUCUGUGAGUGUUGGAAGCAACAGUUGGGUUCUACAUGCAUACCAGGAUUGGGGAACCUAUGGUCUUCAGGUGUUUCUGGAACAUGACUCCCAUCAUCCCUUGACCCAUUGGCUAUGCUGACUGGGGCUCGUGAGAGUUGUAGUUCAGGAACAUCUGGGGACCACAGGUUCCCCAGGCCUGAUACGUAUGGUACAUGUGACCACCCAGAUGUUACUGGACUUCAGCACCUGUCAACUCCAGCCAGCAUGGCCAAUGAUCAAAGAUUGUAGUCCAGCAACAUUUGAACAGCCACAGGUUUUCCAAUCCUGUUCUGCGUUGAUUUUUUAUUUUAUUUAUUAGAUUUCUAUACCGCCCUUCAUCAUAAGAUCUCAGGGCGGUUUGCCUUGAUGUGCCGCAGAUACCUAACAAAAGGUCUACGUGUGUCAGACAAAUUGGUAAAAAUAAAAUCAGUACUUCGUUGAACUUUCUUGCAAGUCUUCCUCAUGUCUCAGCACCUACAGUGAUACGUGGCUUCCCACAAUGGUUGCUUUGAAAACUAGGCCUUGGUUGCGCAACUGUUAUGGAAAUAUGACAUAGGAGGACAUGUGAGCUUCUGUAUCUAUGGAGUGGCCUCUCCUGAGUGAAUACACAGUCGCGGUGCCACCAAUGAUACGCCAUCCAGCCUUAGCCAGCUUAUAACUUCCUAUGAAAUCUGAAUCUCUAGAUGACAUAAAAGUUAUGUAAUACUCGUGAAUGAAACUCUAGUCUGGCAUUAGGGAUAAAGGCCUUCGCAACAGCAGCAAAUUGUGUUAUUUUUCAUACAUAUAUAACUUUACUAGAGUUUCAAAUUGUGUUAUUUUCCAUACAUAUAUAACUUUACUAGAGUUUCAUAGCAAGUCUUACUUCUCUCCGCAAUAGCACUUGAGUUGUAAGUCUGAAAGAAUUGCAUGGCAGGGUCAAAACCACUCAUCGAACUUUGUGGCUGAGCAGAGGUUAGAACCUGGCCUUGUCACAUCUACCCAGAGUCAUGCCCUGAUUUUUUCUUUUCUUUCUGGCAAAAAGUGGUGGAGAUAGAUAAUAAGAAGGCUCAUCCACCAAACUGAUCUUGUGUGAGAGGUCUGGAUCAUGGGCCCACUGGCUAUUGAAUUAGACUAGUGACCCUUCCAGACACCAUAUUCGUUUUAGAGACCGUAAACAUUGCUAGAAAAGUAGACACAGGACCUUGAAUAUUCUCCACCAUUCUGGGCGCAAGCACAGACAUUUCUAGUGGGUGAGGAAUUCAGCAGCUUGAGAAUCUCUGCUUUCAUUGCAAAACGAAAGAAGCAAGCCAAGACUUUAGUAGUCCUGGAUGCAAAUGCUCACAAGAAGCUUAGAGUUAUUUAGGUUUUAGGUUAAGUGUGAUGUGUGUGUGUGGAAAUGUGGCAGGAUAUGUGCAUGCGCAGCGUAUUUGAGUGUUAUAGGCAAAAUUGCAAGUGUGUGAUGAGCACAAUGUUUGUUUACAUAAGCAUGCGAUGCCUUGAAAGUGUAUUGGUAUUGCCUGUAUGUGUGCAAGUAAGCAAGUUCAGUGACCAUGAUGGGCAUCAUGUUGGCGGGAGAGGCAUGUGGCUCUAUGAUCAGUGUAGGAUAUGUGAGCACUCUGUGGGAUGUGUGUAUAUUAUGGUGUGUAAGAGGUAUGGGACAAACUCUCUGCCACCAGGAAUGCUGCUGCUGAGACAAAUGGCUUGUAUAGUGUCCCAGCUGCAAACAGUUUACGGCUGGUUAUAAAUGGCUUGUUUGAAGCUCCGGCAAGGCGAGGGCAGGAAUUUCCUCAAUUUCAGCAAUUUAGGCUUUUAAAGCCCUCCAACAACCCCUACUCCUCAAGCCGGAUUAAGCAGGGAGGGGGGCGAGGAAGGGCAGGAACCGCAGGGACCCUGAGUUGGCCAGUGUAGAUGUACCACUGGCUUUGUGCAGGGGUUGGUCUAAGGGUUGGUGGCCUUCCUGGCCGAUGAAACAAAAGAGGAGUGGUGGGGGAUGGUGGUGGUGGUGAAUGUCUCCCAGAUUUGUGGAGCUAAAAGUGCUCUGCAGCUGCUGAUGGCAUCUGUAAGAGGCUGCUCCAGAUUCUGUCCCGUCCCUUCGCUUGCUUCCUCGCUGGCUGCUUAGCGGCUGCCGGUGAAUUGAUUUGUAAGAGAUUCAUCAACAGAUAAAAGGACCCAGAACUGCUCAGAGCAACACUCAGGAUUGCAAACUUGGCAUGCUCUGUUUUAAAAAACAUGAACCGCAAGGAGGGCCCCUGCUUUGGAAUAAACCAUGCUUACUUUGGCUUGGAUAGAACAAGGUCUUGUUCACCUGCAUGCCAUGAUAGCUGCUUUAGGAAAGGACAUCCAUCCAGGCAGUCCAUUAGCGUAAAUGUGUGUGUGGUUUGUUAGUGCCUGUGUCUGUAUGCACAAAAAGCACCUCUCCUUUUCUGAAUCCCACCCAGGAUAGGCAUGUCUGUGUGAAGCUGCCCUACCCUAUGGACGAGUGCCCUGCGGGAGGAGAGUUUUGGACGAGGCUGCUAUUGUUUCUUAACUCAGAUUCUCUGGCACAGCCCUUCUUCAGCCUGGUGCUGUGCUGGUUGUGGUCUGAUUUGAGUUGUCAUCCAAAACAUCUGGAGGGCACCAGGUUGAGCAGAUGUGGGCAUGCAUGCUUUGCUGUGCCCCAUAUUGCUGUCUGUCCCUCUCACUAUAACCUUCAUUCCUGCGUAGGAGCAGCUAUCAGUGGUGUUAACAUAACUACACCAGCUAUAUUUCUAAUUCUUUGGCCUCCGUGCAUGGAAUAAUAAUUUCCAGAAUAAUAAAUUUUGAGAUUCCUCCCCACCAAUUUCAUGCUUAAUGAUAUUUAGCCUGUGCCAUCAUAACAAUAUAUACCAUGCAGUAAUCUAAAACAUUCUAUUUUUUUCUUUUUAAAGAAAUCCGAUUUCAAUAUAUAAGUAAAAUUCCAGAGCUUUAAAGGCUUAAACUCUGGUCGCUUCUUUUUGGCUUUUUUUUAAAAAAAGGAAUCGUCUAGCGACACAUGGAAAACCUAAAAGAGAGAGUGUGUGUGGAAGCUGUGACCCUCCAGAUGUGAUUGGAGUCCCAUCGCUCAUCCACACCAGACAACACAGCCAACGCAGUCAGUAAUGAUUGGACUUAGAAGCUGAAUCACAUCUGGAGGGACACAGGUUCCCUUACCCAUUACCCAGAGCCUGGUUUAAAAGUCACCUGGUGUGGGUACAAGGAAAUAUUGGGUCUAGUGAUUGUGUGAUUGGAGAUUCGCCACAUUGUGCUAUCCACAGAGCCCCUGGGUUAAUUCUCUGCUCUGUCCCUGCUCCUGAAGAUUCACCUACCUUCCUUCCUUCCUUCCUUCCUUCCUUCCUUCCUUCCUUCCUCUCUCUAUUUCUCUUUCUCUCUCUCUUUCUCUUUCUCUCUUUCUCUCUCUCUUUCUUUCUUUCUUUCUUUCUUUCUUUCUUUCUUUCUUUCUUUCGUCUGUCUCUCUGUCUCUUCUUCUCUUCUCUUCUCUGCUUUUCUGUCCCAGAAGAACAAAGCUUUUCUCGUUUCAUUUUUAAAUUCUAGCUUUCAUAGUUAGCCUAAAAGAUCUAAACAUGUGCAGUUCCAAAGCGUUGAAAGGAAUCCAGCUGAAAAGCGAGUAUUUUAUGUGAUGGUUUCUUCACAAAGCUCGGAGGAGUUCCAGCUUGUUUCAAGGCAAAUGCCUCUUAACAGGGUUGGGGGUGGGAGAACUAAACUCCUUUGCAGAACCCGAACUUGAGCUCUGCUCACCUCCCCAUUCCUCAGACCAUUCCUCUCAUUCUUUCAGCCAUCACAAGAAAGUACCAGCAUUUAUUAUGCAUUUACAUUUUAUUAUGCAGUAUACGUUUGUGAAUACGGGAAUACGGUGCCACUUUUGUGGUAUGAUUUAUGCUGCUUUGUCCUACCCAGUAAUACUAUGAGGAACAUCCUAAUGGCCUUGUCUGAUAGAAUCUGAGCAAUCCGUUUUUGGUUUUUGUAUUGUAUAAGCUGGUUGCACUUUUGUACAGUUUUCAUUUCCAUUUUUAUAUACACAAGUUGGAUGAGAGUUUUUUAUUUAUACAAUCAUGCAUUUUUUUGCACAUGUAUUCUGAGUAAAUAAUUGAAACCUCUGUUGUGCAGAGAUCUUCCUUUCCGUCCGAAAAGAGAGGUAGUGGAAGGAAGCGCAGAUUAUGAGUCCGUGAGUCUAUUCGCCAUCCUGGAUCUGCAUGCAUCAGUCUAGUAGUGGAAAUUGAGAGGGGGAAGCCUGGAGCUGAGAGGGGGAAUCUAGCCCUAGUGAGUGAUAUGCCCCUUUGGGGGUGGAUGGUAGUCCUAAUAAUAAUAAUAAUAAUAAUAAUAAUAAUAAUUUAUUUAAACCCUGCCCUCCCUAGCCAAGACCGGGCUCAGGGUGGCUAACAACCAAUAAUAAAAACAAGUUGAUUAAAAUACAAUUUAAAAGAUUAAGAUACAACAUUAAAACAAUUAGGGAGCAAUCUCUUCAUAGGAGGAGAAAGGAAAAAGAAAGAGGGGGAGGGAAUCAAACUGAUUCUGAGCCAAAGGCCAGGUGGAACAACUCUGUCUUAUAGGCGCUGCGGAAAGAGAUCAGAUCCCGCAGGGCCCUGGUCUCAUGAGACAGAGCGUUCCAUCAGGCCGGAGCCAGUGUUGAGAAGGCCCUGGCUCUGGCUGAGGCUAAUCUAACUUCCUUAGGGCCCGGGACCUCUAGGGUGUUGCUAUAUAUGGACCUUAAGGUCCUCCGUGGGGCAUACCAGGAAAGGCGGUCCCGUAGGUAUGAGGGUCCUAGGCCGUGAAGGGCUUUAAAAGUCAAAACCAGCACCUUAAAUCUGACCCUGUACUCCACUGGGAGCCAAUGCAGCUGGAAAAGCACUGGGUGAAUAUGCUCCCAUGGCAGAGACCAUGUGAGGAACCUCGCUGCAGCAUUCUGCACGCGCUGGAGUUUCUGGGACAGCUUCAAGGGCAGCCCCGCGUAGAGCAUGAAUGCUCUUCCAGUAGAGAUUCAGAAGCCGUCUCCUGUUUCAAUUUUCAAGCAUCCACUGAAAACCACCAAACGUAUGCAGGCAGUUAAGAAAAUACCUGUCUGCAAUGGUUAAAGGUAAAGGUACCCCUGACCAUCAGGUCCGGUUGUGGACGACUCUGGGGUUGCGGUGCUCAUCUUGCUCUAUGGGCCGAUGGACCAGCGUACAGCUUUCUAGGUCAUGUGGCCAGCAUGACGAAGCCGCUUCUGGCGAACCAGAGCAGCGCACGGAAACGCCAUUUACCUUCCCACCAGAGCAGUACCUACUUAUCUACUUGUACUUGACGUGCUCUCGAACUGCUAGGUGGGCAGGAGCUGGGACCGAACAACAGGAGCUCACCCUGUCGCGGGGAUUCGAACCGCUGACCUUCUGAUCGGCAAGUCCUAGGCUCUGUGGUUUAACCCACAGCGCCACCCACGUCCCUUUCUGUAAUAGUUAGUUGAUCUCUAAUUUUAAGUUUUCAAUUUUUUUAAAAAAAUCUCUAUAUGUAUAUUUGUUGCAAACUGCUUUUUUUUUUAAAAAAAGAAAUGAAUAGUGGUAUUCAAAUAUUUUUAACAAAUAAAUAGAUUCACCCCCAUUUCAUGGAGGACAAGGCUACCACUAUUCUGCUAGCCGCAGUAACUAGGAAUUUCCUCUGAAUAUCAGUAGCUGACAAACAACAGUGAGCAAUGACUUUUGCUGGGGGCUUCCUUCUUGUUUUCGUCCCAUAAUAAGCCUCUGGUUAGCCACUGUGGGAACAGAAUGCUGGACAAGACAGGCCUUUUGCCUGAUCCAUCAGGACUCUUGUGAGGUUAAUCACCGAACAUUUCCUACCAUUGCUCCUGACCUGUGCCUGCUUUCUGAGGACACCCAAAGGCUGUGUCUAGUUGGCUGUCUCACUGUGGCCCGCUGCCUCUUGUAGUAUGGGGAGGAGUUGGCACACCUUGCUGAGUUAGGAGGAAACAACCUGGGUUAGACAAGGGAGUGUAUUGUGCAUUUAGAAAACAAACCCAAACACAUGUCAAAAACAUUGCUGCGGCUACUCUAAAGCCACAACCGAUUUGCAAAACUCCAUGAAUGCUUUGCAAGUGAAGCACACAAGUGUCUAUGUGAAUGCCAGGAAGUAGGGCACAAUGGUUACGUUACAGAGUGCAGGAGGGUGAUUUUGUUUACGUUGCACAAGAGGGCAGCAUGAUGGGGGCAGUCGCAGCUUCAUCCUUCACAUUGCUGCUUCUGUCCCCUGCAGAUGCAGAGGCUCAGAUAUCCCCUAUCCCCUUUGAAUCUGGCUUGUCAGGUUCUGUAUCUCUGCACACAUCUCCCCUCUUUCACCAUUUCGGCAUCUGUUGGUAGCUGAGCCCUGCUGUGGAUAUUGGAUGGUUUGUAAACACACCCGGAGACAGGCAGUCCUCUUCUUCUUCCCCCCUCUUCCCCCCUUUGUGUGGCUCCAGGCAGUUAUUUGGGUGUGUACAGAAGCUAUUUAGAGAAGAAUAAGUUGGGGCUAAAAUGUGAUUCUCUCCAGGAAAUGACAGGCCUGAUAACAGCUUGGCCUGACAAGAGCCUUGAAGGAGCCUUAUGUUAAAGUUUGCCAGUGGUUUCUGAUGCUUAGAGUACAAAUAGGGUAUCACCUCUCUCUCUCCUCACCCUCUCCAGCUAGGGCUGAAGGCACAGAAUCUGGAACCUUGAGUGGCAGAGUCAUGCAAGAAGGAUCCUAGAAAGACAUGGAUGAACUGAAGGGGACUUUUGGGAAGAUCCAGUGCCUUGGGGGUCUGAAGGCUGGGAUGAAAAUUAAGAGGGUCUGCCAGAAGAAGAGCAGUCAGCCACUGACAGAGAUUAGCACAAGAGUCAUCAUCUGGAGAUCUUUGUGUACCUGGAAGGGGGGAUGUGACCUAGAUCUCCUGGGUUCUAUUUUCCACUGUAGGAAUACAAUCAGGAUCUUGCUGGGUUACUUCCCAAGUGUGGGAUGGGCUGCUGUAAACUAAAGCCAAUUGCUAUAGGAGGCCUCCAUUCUCCUUAGCUCUGAUAUUUUAUUGGGUCAGAAUGCUGAGCAUUCCUCACCUCUGUUGUUAAGUGAUAGGGGACCGUUUCGAAGUCUGGUGGAAGAGUUCUUACUUUAUUUUUAUUUUAUUUUGUUUCGCUCUUUUCUUCUCUCAUUGACCCUAAGCAUACAGCGGUACUGCGGGUUACAUACGCUUCAGGUUACAGACUCCGCAAACCCAGAAAUAGUACCUCAGGUUAAGAACUUUGCUUCAGGAUGAGAACAGAAAUCGUGCUCCAGCAGUGCGGCAGCAGCGGGAGGCCCCAUUAGCUAAAGUGGUGCUUUAGGUUAAGAACAGUUUCAGGUUAAGAACAGACCUCCGGAACGAAUUAAGUACUUAACCCGAGGUACCACUGUAUUGUCUGCACACGAGCUUGAAGAACUUCCUCUUCAAUUUUUGAUCUUGCUGUAAAGAACACUGUAGCAUCACACACCAAAGGCCCUGCGGUCUCUUUCCACAGUGGACAACCAGAUGGUUCCCACAAGCAUGAUAGGAGCACAAUAGCUUUUUCUCCCCUCUUUCCUUUCCCAUUCCCAAAAAAGGAAUGGGGUUGCUUCAAAAACUACCUGAUAAAAUAUGGUUCCAAAAAUAAUACUUGGAUGUGCUUAGAUUAAUUUCACAGAUAUACAGGAAAACUGUGAUUAAUAAAUGAGUACAGAACACAGAAUACAGAACUUACUACUUAAGGAAAGUAUUGAAACCGCAAAGAGAUAGUGGAAAUCAACGAACAUAGAAGGGAUUCAAAAAAAUAUCCAGAACAGAAAGAAAGUAACUACAAAGAAAGAAAGAAAAGAAGGAGUACAAAUGUAAUUUAUUUCUGGGAACUUGGCGUAUAGUAUAAACAAAUCACUGUUGGUAUCGUUUGAAAAAUUUAGUGUACUUGGUGCAAUUUCUUUUUUUGCUUUUUAUUUUAUUUUUUUUGUUUUGUCUCCCCCCCCCUUAUUUUCUUUAAUAAUUUAGUUUUUCCCCCUUUUCUCUUUUUGACUUUUUUCUUAUAAGUUUUGAAUAUCUGGAUGUAAUAUUUAAUAUAUGCUUUCUUUGUAAUUGUUAAAAAUCCAAUAAUAAUAAUAAUAAAAAGAUAAGAGCACAAUAGCACACAGUUUUGCUUGCGUUCCCCAGAAACUAGUCUUCAGAGGCACACUGCCUCUGAUCCUUAGAGGUAGUCUGUAUCCAUCACAACUCAAAGCCAUUUGAUAGCGGUAUAUUCCAUGAAUCUGCCUAAUGCCCUUUUGCUAAAUCUGUGGUAGUGAAUACCAUAAGAAGUUAACCAUGUACCGUGCGAAGUAGUUACUUCGUUUUGUCUGUCCUGAAUCUCCCAGCAUUCUCCUUUAUUUCCUUUAGUAUAAUCAAAGAGGGAGAAAGCUGUACAGUGGUACCUCAGGUUAAGUACUUAAUUCGUUUCGGAGGUCCGUUCUUAACCUGAAACUGUUCUUAACCUGAAGCACCACUUUAGCUAAUGGGGCCUCCUGCUGCUGCCGCGCCGCCGGAGCCCAAUUUCUGUUCUUAUCCUGAAGCAAAGUUCUUAACCUGAAACACUAUUUCUGGGUUAGCGGAGUGUGUAACCUGAAGCGUAUGUAACCUGAGGUACCACUGUAUCUCUGUCUACGUUAUACACACACCAUGCUUAAUUUUGCACACCUCUUUCAUGCCCUAUGAAACCAAAUUGCCUUUUUGCUAAACUAAAAAGCCCCAAAUGUUGUACCUGUUCCAGGUCCAUUUUAAUUGCUCUGUCUUGUACCAUUUCCAGCUCCUCUUUGAGAAGAACUGUCCAUAGUAUAUCAAAAGUGCAGCUGCACCAUAGAUUUGUAUAAAGGCAUUACAAUAACUGGCAGCAUUAUUUUUGAUCUGUUUCCUAAUCUUCCAUAACAUGGAGCUCACCUUUUUCACAGCAACUGCACAGUGGGGUCAGUGCUUUUAUGGAGCUGUUUACCACAACCCCGGGCUGUCUUGCUUCCAUGUGCAUCCCUUUGCACUUCCUCAUUAACCCAAUGACUAUAGGGAAAAGUUGUUAAACAAAGAGCUGUAGCAGAUUGAAGUGAGUCAGAAACACACACACACACACACACACACACACACACACAACUGUCACCUUCCAUUGUAUUGUCCUGUGUGAUCAUGGGCAUGUGAUAUCCCUGGGUUUCAUUUUCCCUGUUUCAAAAAUGCCAACUUGGGUGAGCUGUACAUUAAUUACCAGAUGUGAUACAUUUGGAAAAUUCCAGGUGAAAUGAAUUCUUUGCCGCAUAGUUUAUUACACUUUGAACUUGACCCGGUAGCAAAUUGGCAACCAGGGCAGAUCUCUCAGCACAGGUAUUACCGUAUUUUUCGCGCCAUAGGACGCUCCAGCCCAUAGGGCGCACCUAGUUUUUUGGGGGGGAAAUAAAGAAAAAUAUUUUUAUUUCCCCCCCAGGUGCGGGGCUGGAAGAACUAGGUCGGGGAACAGCGGGAAGGAGCGCUCUGCCUCCCCGCUGUCCCCCGAGCUUGUGGGGCUGGCGAUGGGGAGAAGUGCGCUGAUCCUGGGACUGCAGGCAGCUCUGCGCGGCCAUCGGGAGCGGGGCGGGACUUCGCGCCCGGCUCCCGGUGGCCGCGCAGAGCUGCGCUGAGCCGGGGACGGCAGGCAGCUCUGCGCGGCCAUCCGGAGUGGGGCGGGACUUCGCGCCCGGCUCCCGGUGGCCGCGCAGAGCUGCGCUGAGCCGGGGACGGCAGGCAGCUCUGCGCCGCCAUCCGGAGCGGGGCGGGACUUCGCGCCCGGCUCCCGGUGGCCGCGCAGAGCUGCACUGAGCCAGGGACGGCAGGCAGCUCUGCGCCGCCAUCCGGAGCGGGGCGGGACUUCGCGCCCGGCUCCCGGUGGCCGCGCAGAGCUGCGCUGAGCCGGGGACGGCAGGCAGCUCUGCGCCGCCAUCCGGAGCUGGGCGGGACUUCGCGCCCGGCUCCUGGUGGCCGCGCAGAGCUGCGCUGAGCCCGGGACUGCAGGCAGCUCUGCGCAGCCCUCGGAGUCGGUCUCCCGAGGGUUGCGCAGAGCUCCUGAAGCCUGGAGAGCGAGAGGGGUCGGUGCGCACUGACCCCUCUCGCUCUCCAGGCUUCAGCGAAAGCCUGCAUUCGCCCCAUAGGACGCACACACAUUUCCCCUUCAUUUUUGGAGGGGAAAAUGUGCGUCCAAUGGUGCGAAAAAUACGGUAUAUGCUGACAAGGCCUCACUCCCGUCAGCAGUCGUGUGGCAGCGUUCUGCACGGCUAACCUCAAUUUCCGGAUCAGGUGCAAGGGAAGCCCCACAUAGAGCACAUUGCAGUAAUCCAGUCUUGCUCGUCCCCCUCUUGCCAAGAGAGUAACAUCUAAAUAGCUGUGGAUUGCAUUAUUCCUUUCCACCCUAGCACCAUAUUUGCAUCAGGUCACUACUUCCGACAUGGGAAAAUUCACAUGCAGUGGGCAUGAUGCAUGAUGUGAAAUUUGUACAUGGUACUGGUGCCAUAAGGGAUAUGGGUGGUGCUGUGGGUUAAACCACAGAGCCUAGGACUUGCCAAUCAGAAGGUCAGCGUUUCGAAUCCCUGCGACGAGGUGAGCUCCCGCUACUCAGUCCCUGCUCCUGCCAACCAAGCAGACAUCAAAGUGCAAGUAGAUAAAUUGGUACCGCUCUGGUGGGAAGGUAAACGGCAUUUCCAUGCUCUGCUCUGGUUUGCCAGAAGCGGCUUCGUCAUGCUGGCCACAUGACCCGGAAGCUGUACGCCGGCUCCCUCGGCCAAUAAAGCGAGAUGAACACCGCAACCCCAGAGUCGGCCACGACUGGACCUAAUGGUCAGGGGUCCCUUUACAUUUACCUUUACUGGUUCCAUAUGGGGAGUCAGCCAUGUGGGGAGCGCAGCAGUUGGGUUGCAGACGUAAGGUGUGAAACUGGCCCUUAAAUCUCCACAGUGCCUUAAGUCCUUUUUGUCUUUUAGCUGCUAUAGACCUGAAGGUUGUUUGAUUGCUGCCUUUAGUGUUUUUUUAUUAGCUGCACACCUGUUGACAACUGUUUCAGUUAGAUUACUUUAUUAUUGUGUACAUUGCCUUGUGAGCCUGUGUGGAAAGAGUCCCCUCCCCCUUUAAUCCUGCAAAUAAAUAAAUACAGUGGUACCUCGGGUUACAUACACCUCAGGUUACAUACGCUUCAGGUUACAGACUCCGCUAACCCAGAAAUAGUACCUCAGGUUAAGAACUUUGCUUCAGGAGGAGAACAGAAAUCGUGCUCUGGCGGCGCGGCAGCAGCUGGAGGCCCCAUUAGCUAAAGUGGUGCUUCAGGUUAAGAACAGUUUCAGGUUAAGGAUGGACCUCCGGGACGAAUUAAGUUCUUAAGCCGAGGUACCCCUGUAGAGUGGUGUGCUUGCUUUUGGGGGAUUUUCCUCCUGGCGGCAAAUCUUGCUAAACUGGUGUCCAGAGAACUUCACAUUCUUGUCUGUAACCAAGACCCAUUCCUCUGCAAACUGUGGCCAUCAGUGAGCUGAUAAAAGAACACACACACACACCCCGCACACACACACACCCUGGGAAGAAAGGAAGAGGAGAACUUGCAUUUUGUAAUGAAUCCCAGCAGGAGACACUCUGUUGAAGCCUCUACCCAGCAAGAGCUAUUUGGGGUGGAAGUUUUCGGUUUCGCUCUGCCUUUGAAUGAAUGAAUAAGUUGUACGGAAAGCAGCUAUGGUGAAGCAGUCCUUUAAAAAGUUACUGAUGCAAAAUAAGUACAAAUCUUCAAUUUGAUCCAAAACACAGUAACUUAUAGGGUUUCUGAGCACAAUUCAAAGUAUUGGUGCUGACCUUUAAAGACCCAAACGGCCUCGGUCCAGUAUAUCUGAAGGAGUGUCUCCACCCCCAUCGUUCUGCCCGGAAACUGAGGUCCAGCGUCAAGGGCCUUCCUGCGGUUCCCUCGCUGCGAGAAGCCAAGUUACAGAGAACCAGGCAGAGGGCCUUCUUGGUAGUGGCACCUGCCCUGUGGACCGCCCUCCCACCAGAUGUCAAAGAGAACAACAACUACCGGACUUUUAGAAGACAUCUGAAGGCAGCCCUGUUUAGGGAAGCUUUUAAUGUUUGAUGCAUUACUGUAUUUUAAUAUUUUGUUGAAAGCUGCCCAGAGUGGCUGGGGAAGCCCAGCCAGAUGGGCAGGGCAUAAAUAAUAUAUUAUUAUUGUCGGAUGGACUGAGAGAAGAGUUGGCAGGAAGGCACUCUUGCUGAUGGAAGAUGCCUUCAGUUCAUCUUCCGGAAGCCUUCUCCUCCCAGCUCCUGUGCCUCCUCCCAGCUCACCCUAUUCAGCAGAGUCCCUGGACCCUGAGGAGAGUUGCUUUGGGAAGCUCCAGGGUGGGAGGCGGAGGUUGCUGUUGGGAGGAGGGGGCAGAAAAGACACUUUCCACCCACCCCCUUUUCAGACUUUUCUCUGUAUUUUCAGCUUUCACACUGGGAAGAGUUGAGAAAGAUUUAGAUCUUUCACAUGACACUCGUGGGUGUGUGUGUGUGGGUGUGUGUUAAUAAUGGUAGUGCUACAUUGCUGGGGACAGACAGCAGUAGUUGGCUGUUUUGUCGUCAUCCUUUGCUUGCUAACUUCCUUGAAAGGUCUGUGUGGGGCUGGUUUUUACACUGAUAAAUUCUGGAUUCUAGAAUCCAGAUAAUUAGCGCAGAGCAGACCCUGCACUGCAGGUUGUUUGGUGCAAGAGUUUAAUCCGGACCUGACUCUCUGUAGGAGAGGGGUUGUAGCUCAGCUUUAGGACACAUGCCUUGCAUGUAGAACAGAGGCAGGCAAUGUUGUUGAAGUACAGUUCCAGGCCAUUGGAAGCUGGUGUGAGUUAAGAGUCAUCGAAUUGUAAAGUCGGAAGGGACCCUGAGGAUCCUUCUAGUCCAACUCCCUGCAAUGCACGAAUAUGUAGCUGUCGCAUAUGGGGAUUGAACCUGCAACCUUGGCAUUGCCAGCACCACGCUCUAACCAACUGAGCUAUCCAGUCCAACAACAUUAGAAAAGGCUCCAAGUUAAAACUUGGCCUCUCCAUUCAAAAAGAUCAGGUAGCAGGUGGUGGGGAAGACCUCCUAGAGUUUGUUAAGGGUGCUGGGAAUUGUAUCUCUGUGUGAGGGGGAAACUACGAUUCCCAGGAUGUACAGUACAGUGGUACCUCGGGUUACAGACACUUCAGGUUACAGACUUCGCUAACCCAGAAAUAGUACCUUGGUUUAAGAACUUUGCUUCAGGUUGAGAACAGAAAUUGCAUGGCGGCAGCGGGAGGCCCCAUUAGCUAAAGUGGUACCUCAGAACAGUUUCAGGUUAAGAACGGACCUCCGGAAAGAAUUAAGUUCUUAACCCGAGGUAGCACUGUAUACAGGAUGUACAGUCAUACCUUGGGUUACAGACGCUUCAGGUUGUGCAUUUUUGGGUUGCGCACCACUCCAAACCCAGAAGUACCGUAACGGGUUACUUUCGGGUUUUGGCGUUUGCACAUGUGCAGAAGCAUUAAAUCGCGCUUUGCGCAUGCACCGAAGUGCCAAAUCACGACAUGCGCAGACACAACGCUGCAGGUUGCGAACGUGCCUCCCACACGGAUCACGUUCGCAACCCGAGCGUCCACUGUACUAAAUGUAUGGUGUGGGUAUAGCCAGUCUCCUCUAGUAUAUGGUAACUUUCUCUUUCUAAUCCCUCAGCUUCAGGGCAGAUGGUCCAUCUCACGUUUUCAUGCCCAGUCCAUAUUUCAGUACAAGAAUAUGCAUGUGAUUUCAUAAGAGAACACAGAACAGAUAAACCAUGGGUUUUUUUUAUUAAGACCUAGUAAAACGCACUUGGAGAGACAGAUCUACUUUGCAUCUGGAUGGUUUGUUUUAUUUUAUUUUGUUGUUGCAUGUUUGAAAUUGUAAUCGGGAUUCCUUGCCUGUAAAAUGCCAUUUUUAUUACUGACUUCAAAGGGUUGUGAAGAUGAACGGAGCGUGGAACUGACCCACAUAUUAUAAAGAACAAGGUGGCAGAAUUCUGGACUGUGCCACUUAAGACUGCCAGUUCCUGCCAAAAGGAUGGUAAUACUUUUUAACAUCCCCCCUAAAAGAAAUCCCCUUUAUAGGGGUAUGCUAAAUGUCCCCCCCACCCCAUGUGCUAGUUGACUGCAUGCUUGGAGGUUUUGUGUGUGUGUAUGUCUCCCUGUGUUUUAAAUGAGUAAUGUUUUUAAAAAACAUGGCUGCCCCUGCAGUGAUACGACCCAAAAUUCUACCACCUGAUUAUGAAGAACCAAAGAAUGAUUCUAGCUUUGAGAGGCAUUUUAUGCAAUCAGCUGGCUAUGGAAGUAUGUGGAAUUAUGAUUAAUAUUCUGCCUCUUGAGUUCCUGCUGGGCUGCGUAUUAGGAUUUCCUGCUCUCAUUUGUUCCCCAGAGGACAAGGACUGGACACAGACGUCCACUCCCAUGGGCCAGCCACCAUAUUUCAUGCCGCUUGUUCCGCCUCCGUGAAGGUGCAUUGGCCUUCUGCCCUCUGGGAAUGUGUUUGGGUUUGUUCCCUCUGUUGGAGCAUCAGAUUGCUGUCAGCACGGGGGCGAUUUAUGGCCAGGCCUGCUCUUUCCCCCGUUCAUGGAGGCGGGAGAGCCCUGUCCUGCUGCGGAAUUUAUUUCCUGCCCUCUGCUCCCACCUGUUGCAGAACACACUCUUUAUCUCGCUUAACGAUGCCUCAAAAAGCCCGGCGGCUAGGCAGGGAGCUCUGGGUGGCCUUGGCUGUGGUCCCUUUGCCACCCUGGGCUCCUUCCAUACUUCACGCUGUGUGACUCCGGGCAAACAAGGCGGGAGCUGUCAAAUGCAAUUGGGGAAUCCAGGGAAACAAGUCUGUACUCUGGCUCUGAAACAUCCUCUGCAAAACUGCACAGGGAAGGGACUUUUUUUUGCUCCUUCCCAGUUCUGAUGGUGUGGGGGCAAUUGGAGGCCAUUUUCCAAAGCUUGCUUCUCUGGUCCACAGAAGCAAACUCCUGGGGUUCCUUGAAUGCUUCUCUAGAGCUUUGUUCAUGACAAGAUUGGUGACAACAGACAAGCUUCUGUGAAAGCCAAGUUUGCUCACAGUAAUAAGUCUUCUCCUGCAAGACGCAGCCACAUGCCUUAUACCACCUCAGAACAGGUUGUCCUUCUAACCCAUCAUUCAUCUACAGUGGUACUUAACCUGAAACUGUUCUUAACCUGAAGCACCACUUUAGCUAAUAGGGGCUCCUGCUGCUGCUGCGCUGCCGGAGCAUGAUUUCUGUUCUCAUCCUGAAGCAAAGUUCUUAACCUGAAGCACUAUUUCUGUGUUAGCAGAGUCUGUAACCUAAAGCAUAUGUAACCUGAAGCGUAUGUAACCCGAGGUACCACUGUAUCUCCUUUGCCUAGCAGCGGGUCCCUGGGUUCUAGGUUGGGUAGGUGCAAGACAGGGCAGGGCUCUCUUGCACCUUUAGUAACUGUGCAGAAAAUUAGGGUACUGUAAUGGACUGUACACAAGGGACACGGGUGGCACUGUGGUCUAAACCACUGAGCCUAGGGCUUGCUGGUCGGAAGGUCAGCAGUUCAAAUCCCCGCGACGGGGUGAGCUCCCGUUGCUCGGUCCCAGCUCCUGCCAACCUAGCAGUUCGAAAGCACGUCAAAGUGCAAGUAGAUAAAUAGGUACCGCUCCUGCGGGAAGGUAAACGGCGUUUCCGUGCGCUGCUCUGGUUUCUCCAGAAGCGGCUUAGUCAUGCUGGCCACAUGACCCAGAAAAAGUGUCUGUGGACAAACGUUGGCUCCCUCGGCCAGUAAAGCGAGAUGAGAGCCACAACCCCAGAGUCCUUUGCGACUGGACUAAACUGUCAGGAGUCAUUUACCUUUACCUUUUUAGUGUAUUGUACACAUGGUUCAGAAGCUGCAGCUAUUGCAAAAUGACCAGCUGAAUUUCACUUGGUGACAGUGUAGAAGUGGGCAUUUUUGAUUAUAGAAGCCAUCCUCUGAAUGCAGGGUAAAAACAAUAAUAACCUUCCAAUGCAUUAAAAAAGCUUAUACAGUGGUACCUCUGGUUACGCACUUAAUUCGUUCUGGAGGUCCGUUCUUAACCUGAAACUGUUCUUAACCUGAAGCACCACUUUAGCUAAAAGGGCCUCCUGCUGCUGCUGCACCGCCGGAGCACGAUUUCGGUUCUCAUCCUGAAGCAAAGUUCUUAACCCGAGGUACUACUGGGUUAGCGGAGUCUGUAACCUGAAGCGUAUGUAACCCGGGGUACCACUAUAUAACCAAGUUUCCUGGACUCUGCCACUUGAAUUUUUAUUUUUUUGGGUUGCUCUGUUUUAUUUGUGAUAAACAGUUGUGUUUUUAUCUUCUUUUCAUCCAGUUUUUAAGGAAACUUUAACUAUUUUUUUUUCAUUUUUCCAUAUGGUUCUUUUUAUUGUAAGUCACUUAGAAGUUUUUAUUAUAUUAAACAAUAUAUUUAAGAAAUAAGUAAGUGAAUUGCGGAGAUAGCCUAUCAAGUUAAAUUGAUCAACUUUAUUUUGAAUAAUAUUUUAGUUUAAUCCCCCCCCCCCCUUUGAACAUGUGUGCUUGAAGAAGAGGUCUCUGAAACCCCACAGCUUGCUUUGACUGUUAGUUGCUUUGGAACAGAAUCACUUCACUUUAUGGUUGCCAAGUCAUUUAUUGGUCCCUUCAGUAGGAGAUGGAUUUGCAGACUUUAGCAUGAGUUAAUAUUUAUCUCUGCAAAGUAGAAGUUUCUAUCUUUUGAUUUAGUUUAAGGUAUAUUAGCAGGGGCCAGCAAACUGUUGGCAACUGUAUUUCACUUACGGAAUUAUUGCUACAGUUCUAGAUUCAGGUUGGUCUGACACAGUCAAAAUAUAUAGAAAAAUAAAAAAAUUGUCCAGUAGCACCUUAGAGACCAACUAAGUUUGUUCUUGGUAUAAGCUAUUUGAAGAAGUGUGCAUGCACAUGAAAGCAUGCACACUUCUUCAGAUACUUAUUCACAUACACUGCAUGCACACGAAAGCUCAUUCCAAUAACAAACUUAGUUGGUCUCUAAGGUGCUACUGGAAGAAUUUUUUAAUUUAUUUUGUUUCAACAGACCCGUAACUAGAACUUUGUCUUUCUAGUCUGGCUGAUGAAGAGUCCUGUGAAGCACAAAUGCUUUGCAUGCUACUGGACUUAAUCUAAUAAAAUAUACCCACCACCACAUUAUGUCUUCCUGAUAUAAGAAAGAAUGCUCUGCUGUAGUUCAUGGAAUUCCAGGAGUUUGGGCUUGCCAAAACUUAUAGAUUCUGAGCUUUGCAAUUAAAAGCUGUGAUGGCACAUCUCCACAUUACUGGGUGUGUGUUUGUCUCUUUGUGUUACCUGGCAUUCUUCCUCUCUUAUCCAUCUCCCUUAAUUCUCACCAGCUUUUCAGACACAACCCUCUGUGUUUAUGGGCUGUUUUCAGGUAAAUAAAGGCCUUCCAGUGAGAUCUAAUCACCUGGCAGGGCCUCCUUUUGUCUGCCUCUAUCUCCUGGCCCUAGGGAGCCAGUCAUGCACUGUUGGAGCCAAGGGAACAGCCUCCAAAGGCCUAUUGUCUUAUCUGAAAGAAGAGGAUAAUGCAGAGAGUUAAAAUUCAUGAGCUUCUAAUUGUCCCUUCUUCUCUGAUGCUGAUGAAGACUCCACUGGAGAGGUUUGCAAGGACAGGAAAAGGGGAUCUGGCGGAAUGGAUAAACAGGAAUUGGCAAACCUUAAAUGUUUCCCUCCCUUCUCAUGGUUAAAAAGGUUUUUUUUUUCUGGUGGUGGCAAUGGUGGGUGAUAGUCAAAUUUCUAUCAAGACCAGGAGAAGAGCCAUAGCAGGAAGCUACUCUAGCUUGCAGUGCUUCCAACAUCUCUUUAAUGCAUGAUCCAUCCUCACAAGAACCCUGUGAGUUUGACCAGUUGCUUCCAUUUUACAAACAGAGAACAUUUGCUGCUGAGAAUGUGCCAGGCCAGAGUUUGGAAAUGGAAUCCAAGGAUGAAGGUGUAUGGCGCUGGUGUUUGUGUCUUGAACCUCUGGUGCUUUGCCAUUGAUACUCCAUCAUUUCAUCUGUGGCCAGUCCAGCAGACUUGGCUCCAUGCAUUGAGGUUGCCACCUAGUAUUAAGUACCAAGACUGUCCGAAAAGCCGGUCAGCUGAUCCUCAAGGGCCAGUCCUUACAAACCAAGCUCUGUAAAGCUCCAGCCUUAGAGAAGCUCUUCAGUCUGAGACACAUGCUGCUCUUCUGAGGCUGCUGAAUUCUACUCCUUUUCUUAUUGCUGGCAGCUGCUGAGGAUCAUGUUGCAUACCUGACUUUGACCUUGCAUAUGUUUCUGGCCUUUUUAUCCAGCCCUCUCUGUCCACCUCAGAUCUUGACCCCUGUCUGAUUCUGACCAUGCCUCUGCCUGAAGGAGACAUCUUUAUUCCUCUUGACUGAUGGAUGUUGAAGGUGUGAAUCUGCUCUUUGCCUUUUAGUCAUGCAGUGUAGGAAUAACAUAAGAAUUCAGCCUGCUAAACCUGGAAGGUAGCCCAUCCAGGAGAAGGAAAACUCUGGUCCUAAACCUCCACUGCCUUGCAUGACAUCUUUGGGAGAAGAAAAGACUUUAGGAGGAUUCCUUUGCGCAAAUCCAGAGUGGUGUUCCUAAUACAGUUGGAUGGCUCCUUGUAUGCCUCUGUUCCGCAACUCUUGCAGCCCAGCUGGUGACAAACGUAUUGCUCUGCUUUGAACCACAUCAGUGAGGUUCCUUAGGUGCUGCUAACACAGUGGUUUGACUUCACCCCUGGAGGUGCACUCCAUUGACUCUUGAAAUAGACAGAUGCCAGUAACACCAAAAGAGCCUAUGAGCAAAGCAGUGUAAGGUUCAUGCUCCCAGGAGUGACUCAUAGGCUCUGGCAGAAGCCAUGGACAGAAACCAGGCCCUGGUGCUGGAAUAAAUUAAGAACUCACUGAGAUCUCUUCCCAUGUGUGUCAGGAUCACCUUCUACCUAGCUCCAGAGAACAUUAUUGUUCCCAGUGAGCCUUGCUUAAUGGUGUGUGGCAUCUCUCUCUUUUGGAAAGUGAACAUUCCCUACAGACCCUGUCCAGGGUGAGAAAGGGCAGAGUAGUUAAAACUCUCAGUUCUGAAAGGAGUUGCUUGCAUCAUACAUCUUUUAGACCAUCUUCAGACCCCUCAGUCUGUUCGGUGGGACUUCUUGCCUUCGACUCACCAGUUUUAAAUCUGUACCUUGUUGCCUUGGAUGGGGAACCCAUGACCUUCCGGAUUGUGUUAGACUCCAGCUCCCAUCAGCCCCAGUCCCCAGCCACCAUUGAUGAUGGUCAGGGAUGAUGGGAGAUGGAGUCCAGCAACACCUGGAGGACCGCAAGUUCCCCAGCCCUGUAGCUCAGCAGCAGCUGCUGCUAUCAUGAGAUUUGCCUUCCCAAGGGCAAGAAAUGAGUGUGGGUCAUGAACCCAGCAUUGUCAGACCCAAGUACAAUCUAAAAUUGUACUUCAGCUCUUCCCCAAGAGAUCCCUUAAGAGGCAUCGCUUAGAAACAGUUGCCUAGCGAACAUCCUUACCUAAGCAGUCCCUGAAUCACUGAAAAGGAGAAACAAACAGUGGUUCCUAAGACAAUACCUGUGGGGACCAGUGAAUGAAAUGUUGAGACCUGUCUCUCUGCCUCCGUUCUCUGUUGACAGAACAAGAACAAGAGUGAUCUGCUUCUCAAGAUUACUACAAGAAUUAAAAUUAAAGCACAUGCAUAAAGCUGAAACAAAGAUGUUGCCGUGGGAGAAGACUUGUGCAGGCCUUUCAAAGCAGCCUUCUUCCAUCUUAGGCCCGCAGAUGACGACAAUGGGACUAUAACUCCCAUCAUCCCUGCCCAUUGGCCAAGCUGGCUGGGGACGAUGGGAGUUGUAGUCCAAUAACACCUGGGGACCCAGGGCUGAAUAAUUACGUUUAAGGACCUGAAUGAUGCGGGCACCUUAGCAGCAACCAGUUUUUAAUAGGCCAUAUUUCACAUAAGGCCUGGACAUUGGUCCCUCUCACAGAUGUGCUCCAGCACAAGCCAACCAAAAUGCAAGCAAAAGGCUCAUUUUUCACCUCCUCUAAGUACAAAGACCAACAAAGGGCUGUGCUGGGGUUAGCCUUGUAUGCCCCUCAGCUUCCCACUCCCAUUUGCUUGUGGCUUGGUUUGCAGGCAGCAGAAAGCUGCAGAGGUUUGUAAAAUAAGGGAGAGAGCUCUCUCUAUGGUGCAUUGUUGGUCGCGCAGUGAAUAGGGAGGCCUUUAAGAGCUGCCAUGUUGGACAGAGAAGCUGUGGUGUGUAAUAAAGAAAGGAACUCAUUAGACUUUUCUGUGGGGAGGAGGGGGCAUAUGGGAAACUGAGGGGGGUCUAGGCUGAGCUCCCAGCUUGCCAGUUGCCCUAAAGCCCUGUCUCUAUUAAGGGGCUCAGUCCUGGAAAUCUUAUCACAGUGACAACCUGCAGCCUGGACUCCUGCUAUGUGAAGGACUUAAGUGGCUUUGAAAUGGAUACUCUAUUUAGCCAUUUCCCUGUGGGGAAAUGGAAGGUGCCACGUUGAAUCACGAAGCCUGUUAAUACUGGUGCCCCUGGGAUGCUAAGAACAGAGACACUGACUCUCCCUCCCAGCUGUAUCUUAAGAGUGGCUCCACAUUUUAUGCAACAACCUUGUUUUUGCCGCUGGCAUUACUCUGGUAUUUCCUACAGUGUGCCCACAAAGCAUUAACAGUUAUGCGCCUUCAAAAACACACGUGUUUGCGCACAUUAGGAAGGUGCAGCUGAAUCCUGGCUUCUCUGGGUACACAGGUGCUUCAGGACAUGGGAGCAGCACUCCAUGUCAAACUAUUGCUGGACAAAAUGCAGGCCUGCUCAUAAUUAAGUUUAAUGCUGAACUCCCACUUGGAAAAUACAAACCCUUUUGUGAAAGGGAAACUUUUGGGUUCUGACACGACUCUACGAUUCUAUAAAAAGCAGAAUUCCCAUGUUGGAGCAAGACAAAGAUACUGCUGCGGGUGGGUUUUUGUAUAAAAAAUAUAAAUAUAAAUUUUGUAUAAAAAAUCACGGCCUAGGACCCUCGUACCUACGGGACCACCUCUCCUGGUAUGCCCCACGGAGAGCCUCAAGGUCCAUAAAUAGCAACACCCUAGUGGUCCCGGGCCCUAAAGACAUUAGAUUAGCUUCAACCAGAGCCAGGGCCUUUUCAACACUGGCUCCGGCCUGGUGGAACGCUCUGCCUCAUGAGACCAGGGCCCUGCAGGAACUGAUUUCUUUCCGCAGGGCCUGUAAGACAGAGUUGUUCCGCCUGGCCUUUGGCUUGGAGUCAAUUUGAUUCCCUCCCCCUCUUUCUUUUUUCUUUUCCUUUCUCCUCCUGCGAUGAAGCUACAUUUUAAUAUUUUAAUGUUUCAGUAUUUUAAUGUUGUAUUUUAAUUUUGUUUUUAAGUUGUAUUCAUUCAACUUAUUUUAAUUAUUGCUUGUUAGCCGCCCUGAGUCCGGCCUUGGCUGGGGAGGGCGGGGUAUAAAUAAAAAUUAUUAUUAUUAUUAUUAUUAGUCCCUGCCCACAUGAAAAUUAUGUGGCCAGAGUCAUCUCCUGCAGCUUUUACCAACUCAGAAGCACACAUAUAUUAAUUGUGCAUAAGUCAUUGCAGUCUAUAUAUAUAGUGGUCUUUAACAUUGGUCAACCUAUCUCACUGUUGACAGCUUUGGAGAGAGGAAGGUCCCUUCUAAUACCACUGUGGGUGGAUCUAAACACGGGUGUGGGGCGGGGGCUGGGGGAGAAUGUUAUAAAUAAGUCAGAAAUUAGAUAAUUUCAACAAAAGAAAACAAUCUCUAUGAGAAAUUGUGCUUAAAAAUUUCCUGCUCUCUUGCGCCAUCUGGUGUUGCAUGUUUAUUGCACAUUCAAAUAGCUGUUUCUUUACUGAUGUAGCUGAGUUCUGAGUUUAGUCAUUUGGGGUAGACAUUGACCAAAGCAGCUGACACUUUUACGUGUCUACAAAUGUAUACUAUAAAAAUAUGCGAUUCAUUCCAUGCGGCAUCCACGCACCAUCUCCAUGCUGGCUUAUACGCUACUAGUAGUCUAAUACAGAGGAAGCAUGUUAUCUAAUCAGCUUGAAGGACGAUGAAACUUGUAGAUACGUCACUUAACUGGGAGCUGUGGGGUUCAAUCAGCUACUGACCCUUUUGAUCAGCUGUUAGGCAUUAACAGCAAACAGCUGGUUGAUGCAAUCAGCUGUCACCACCGAAAAGGUGAUCGGUGCAAGUGCUGACAAAACACUAAGGCAGGGAAUCUCCAGUUUAGGGGCUAGAUCUGGCAUGUUGCUUAAUUUCACCUGGGCCUCACAUGCCUCUUUUUCCUUUUCCUUUUCCUUGCGUAUAUGUAAACAAAACAUUAAUUAGCACUGAAUUUCCACUUUGUUCCGAUUGGUGUGGCCUACUUUGUUCCUGAACACUUUUGAAAGUGUGGAUAUGGCUGGGCAUCAGCUGGCCUGAUCUGCGCCUUCCGAACUGUCCUUAGGCAUGGGGCUACGUGAUACAGUGGUCCUUCGGGUUACAGAUGCUUCAGGUUACAGACUCCACUAACCCAGAAAUAGUACCUUGGGUUAAGAACUUUGCUUCAGGAUGAGAACAGAAAUCAUCUUCCGGCGGCGCAGUGGCAGCGGGAACCCCCAUUAGCUAAAGUGGUACCUCAGGUUAAGAACAGUUUCAGGUUAAGAACGGACCUCCAGAACGAAUUACCGUAAGUAUUUAAGCCGAGGUACCACUGUACUGGGCAGCUUCUUGGCUGAUGGGGUGUGUGUGUGUGUGUGUGUGGAGAUGCUGAGUCAGGGUCUGCUGUCAGCACCUCUAAAGCUCUCCUCAGGUGAGACACCUGAACACUGUCCAACUAUCUCGUCCUCCGUCGUCCCCUUCUCCUUGUGCCCUCAAUCUUUCCCAACAUCAGGGUCUUUUCCAGGGAGUCUUCUCUUCUCAUGAGGUGGCCAAAGUACUGGAGCCUCAGCUUCAGGAUUUGUCCUUCCAGUGAGCACUCAAGGCUGAUUUCCUUCAGAAUGGAGAGGUUUGAUCUUCUUGCAGUCCAUGGGACUCUCAAGAGUCUCCUCCAGCACCAUAAUUCAAAAGCAUCAAUUCUUCGGCGAUCAGCCUUCUUUAUGGUCCAGCUUUCACUUCCAUACAUCACUACUGGGAAAACCAUAGCUUUAACUAUACAGACCUUUGUUGGCAAGGUGAUGUCUCUGCUUUUUAAGAUGCUGUCUUGCAUCCCUGUACCAAGGCUGUUUCCCCCUCAGCCUUUGGAAUUGUUGAACUCCCAGCUCCCAUCUUCCUCAGCCAGCUUAGCCAGUGGUCAGGGAUGAUGGGAAUUGUAGUGCAAGAACAUCUGGGACUUAAGGCUGAAUAACACUGGACUGAAGGGUUUAAAUCUACUUAGGAAUUAAAGAGGUCGGAUAGGCCAUGUGAACAAGCAUAUUUCAGACUCCCAUCACCCCUAGCCAACAGGACCAGUGGUCAGGGAUGAUGGGAAUUGUAGUCCCAAAACAUCUGGAGGGCUGAGUUUGGGGAUGCCUGGCAUAGGCUAACAGUAUGAGUUUUGUUGCUUAGCUCUGGGCUGCUGUGCAUUAGCUUGUUUGUUGUGGAGUCAUUUAGAAGGCAGUGAGAAGGAAACACACAAAUGAGCCGUUAUUGUUGUGGGAAAUGAAUAUUCAUCAGAGGGUUAUUUGUUGGGAAGGCUGGGUUUGUUUAUUGCAGGGUCACUUAUAAGAACUGAGCUCAAGAGACAUGAUGGCUGCAUGGAGUUUGUAUCUGCUGCUUAUCUAUUGUGGUUAGAGGGGCCUGCGAAGUGCUGUUUUCCUUUUGCAAACAAGAGUUUGUGCUGGGAGAUAUUGCAGAUAGCAGGAAGGUGAAGGGGGUGGUGGUGAGGGAGGAAUCUUAUAACCCUUCACUCCUGUGAUCCCUGUUGUAUUGUAGGCAGGGAAUUCUCUGCACAAGCACCCAAAUUUUCUGAACAACCCAUCCCUGCGAUCAACUUGACAGCUGCAAUGUUGUUGCUUUAUCUAUUAAAGGUAAAGGGACCCCUGACCAUUCGGUCCAGUCGUGGCCAACCCUGGGGUUGCGGCGCUCAUCUCGCUUUAUUGGCCGAGGAAGCCGGCGUACAGCUUCCGGGUCAUGUGGCCAGCAUGGCGAACCAGAGCAGCGCACGGAAACGCCGUUUACCUUCCCACCGGAGCGGUACCUAUUUAUCUACUUGCACUUUGACGUGCUUUUGAACUGCUAGGUUGGCAGGAGCAGGGACUGAGCAACGGGAGCUCACCCCAUCGCGGGGAUUCGAAUCGCCGACCUUCUGAUCGGCAAGUCCUAGGCUCUGUGGUUUAACCCACAGUGCCACCUGCGUCCCUUGCUUUAUCUAUUGGGGGGAUCAUUUUGCUCCAGUUUUAGGCUGCGUACAAUGGAAAGCACCCCCCCAAAACUUGGGAAUUUUUCAUUACCCCACACAGAGCUACCAUUCCAAUCACCCUUAAGAAUCUACAGUUCCCAUGAUUUUUUGGGUGAGAAGACAUGCUUCCAAUGUGCUUUAAAAUGUGUUUUCUGUAAGAAGUCACCUUCUGCCUGGUCCUGUGAAUGAAUGAGAAAACAAACACAUUAGGGAUAUCAAUUGGAGGUUUGGAACUGCUGAGUGAUGCCCACGAAGCAGCUCAUAGUGAACUUUAGUGCCAAAACUGGCACUAGAAAAGAAGAAAAAUGGAGCUGGCUUCCUAAUCCGGACUUUAAGUUAAACCCGGGUGGAAUGAUCGUAAUUGUGAAACACUUUUUUAUUUAAAAAAGCUGUGAAUAUAACCUACAAGCAGGGCUACCGUAUACCGUAUUUUUCGCCCUAUAGGAUGCACCGGCCCAUAGGGCGCACCUAGAUUUGGGGGGGGGGGGGGAAUAAAGGGAAAAAAAAUAUUUCCCCCUCCCCAGGUGUGGGGCUGGGGCGGGGGAAGCCCGAGCUUCCCCCGACCCCAGCCCCCAGAACAGGCUGCUGCCCGCAAGCCUUGGGAGCCUGGCGGACACUCCUGCCGGGCUCCCAAGGCUUACGGAUAGCUUCCUGAAGCCUGGAGAGCGAGAGGGGUCGGUGCGCACCGACCCCUCUCGCUCUCCAGGCUUCAGCGAAAGCCUGCAUUCGCCCCAUAGGACGCACACACAUUUCCCCUUCAUUUUUGGAGGGGAAAAAGUGCGUCCUAUAGGGCAAAAAAUACAGUAAUACAAGUCGUUUUAUUAUGGUUAAUGGCCAGGGUUACCAUAUAGACUGAGUCCACAUUCACCAUGUAAGGAGAAUGUCACCAUUUGAGCAGAUCUACACUAUACAUGAUUUAAAGCACAUUCAACACACAUUCAAAGCACAUAACUUCCUCCAAAGAAUCCUGUAGGUAAGGGUGUUUGGGAUUGUAGCUAUGGGAAACUACAGUUCCCAUGAUUCUUUGGGGGAAGUCAUGUGCUUUGAAUGUGCAUUGGAUAUGCUUUAAAAUUCAGCGGUUCUCAACCUGUGGGUUCCCAGAUGUUGUUGGACUCCAACUCCCAUCAUCCCUGAGCUCUGGCCUUGCUUGCUAGGGAUGAUGGGAGCUGUAGUUCAGCAACAUCUAGGGACCCACAGGUUGAGAAAGGCUGCUUUAAAUGAAUGUUGUGAAUCUGCUGUUGGCUUCACCACCCUAAAAAUGGAAACACCCUUAAUUUUUUUUGGGGGGGAACGCUAAAUACAGACCUUUUGCAGGAGGGGAAAGUGGACUAAAACUCCCCCCCCCCCGUAUUUCCUCCCCAGCUUUUCUAACCUAUGUCUCCUUUGGGCAGGGUCAUUCCUCUCUUCCCACCCCCAGGGGAAGGGAUUAGGUUACACAGCUCUGGUAACAAUUCCAACCUGUUUGGCCUGGAAUGUGGCAUUUAGGGUCUUGUCACAGGAAAUUCAGUCUGUGUUGAAAGCUAGAAUUGCAAACAGUUUCAUGGCUUGCCGGGGUUGGGGGGCGGUGGAAAAUGCUGUUUGAACCGAAGGAACUCUGUCCAGGCGUUAUGGGUCAUGGUGAGGGCAAGAGGCUGGGAGUUUAGGACUAAAUCUUUUUAAUGUUUCCUCCUUCCCAGGCAACUUCACUGUAAGUAAUGCACACUUACGCCAUUUGCCUGCUCAGUGUAUGGCUGACUCCCCACCGCCAGUCCCAACUGUCCUGUCUCUAGUCACUUACUCCCAUGUAUAUUAUAAGGAAUAUAUCCCAGCAUAUUCUUGAUAAAGUAUGAUCCCCUUCAGCCAUGAGGUGUCAUUCGGCAAGCAAUUUUCUCUCUUCCUCAAGUCCCCCCAACUGCAAAAUAAAAUCAACAACUUCAAUCCUAAAAAAAGGGUCAACAACUUUGGUUGGCCCUCACGCAUGUUCACUUCAUCAAAUUUUGAGAAAAAAUUGGGCACCCCUGAGUCCCCAUCCCACAGCCCUGCUCACAGUUGUAAAGAAUAUUCCUACACUGAAUGGUCUGUGUCAACAUUAAGAAAAAGAGAUAGGAAUAGGCCAAUAUCAAGCGACUUUUCUUCUUUAAGGUUUCAAAGUUCUUAACCUAGCUCAAGGUAGUCAUCUGAACUACCUGAUGACCAAUCACAGACAAUGCAUCCCUUGAAAAAUAAGAUUUUAGAGCCAUCUUGCCCCCAAAUGGCAACUACACAUUUGGUGCCUAGCUUAUAUACCUGAGUUUCUAACACUGUAGGAUUUUAGAAGGUCGGCGGUUCAAAUCCCCAUGACGGGGUGAGCUCCCGUUGCUCGGUCCCUGCUCCUGCCAACCUAGCAGUUUGAAAGCAUGUCAAAGUGCAAGUAGAUAAAUCGGUACCGAUCCGGCAGGAAGGUAAACGGUAUUUCCAUGAGCUGCUCUGGUUCGCCAGAAGCGGCUUAGUCAUGCUGGCCACAUGACCCAGAAGCUGUACGCCGGCUCCCUCGGCCAGUAAAGCGAGAUGACUGAACCUAAUGGUCAGGGGUCCCUUUACCUUUUUAUGAUUUCAGAAGGCUGGUCAUCAACAGUGGGUGGCAUGGUGGGGGUGGCAGCAGCGCUUACCUGACUGAUGCUUAGUGGGAAGGAAAGGUGUGGGACGUCAGCGUGGUGGAAACAGAUGACAGCAGAGCCAAUCCAGCACUCCUGCCCGUGCGUUUACACUGCACCACACUGUCCACUGCUGGGAGCCAGUUUAAUGUGUUACAGUGUAUUUUGGGGGGCACCUAUGUGCCACCUUAAAGACUAACAGAUUGAUUGCAGCAUAUCGUGAACAACCAUUCAUUAUGGAUGAAAACAUUUAUUCAUAGCAUAAUCUUUCCUAGACCAAGGCAUGAUUGAUGCACGACUAGAUGAAUGAUUUUUUUAUUUUAUUUUUGUAUCUGAUGAUAAAAUGGGCUCUCUGUUCACAAACACUUAUGCCCCAAUCAAUCUGUUAAGUCUUUUAGGUGCCAGAAAGCAUUUUGAGGGUGCGUGAGAGAUUUUUAACGCGAGUUGAAAUGCAGCCAAAGUUCGUAAAUUACUUUAUAGAUUCAGAAUCUUGGAUGUGUUAUUUGUAAUGCCUGUCCCUCUGAUGGUUCCAUGAUGCUAAGAUAAUCCCUCAAACUUUCUGGACUCUGUUCUGCCUUCUGAAGUUCCUUUAGCUUGUUGAGAUUGUGAUUAUGGGGCAAAGCAGAUGCAAUUCCUGCCCCCCUGCCUAGCCCUCCCCUUUCCCAGUGUGAAUCAGGUGAGCAAACAACCCCACACACUUUCCACACAAUAAUUUUGAGUCGUAGAAGCUUCCUUAAGAUAAAAUUUUAAAAAAUGAAAUGAAACGAAAGGCUGUCAUUUUUAAUAUGUUUUAACCAAAGUUUGGGUGUUGUUGUUGUUUAGUCGUUUAGUCGUGUCCAACUCGUGACCCCAUGGACCAGCGCACGCCAGGCACUCCUGUCUUCCACUGCCUCCCGCAAUUUGGUCAAACUCAUGCUGGUAGCUUCGAGAACACUAUCCAACUAUCUCGUCCUCUGUCAUCCCCUUCUCCUUGUGCCCUCCAUCUUUCCCAACAUCAGGGUCUUUCCCAGGGAGUCUUCUCUUCUCAUGAUGUGGCCAAAGUAUUGGAGCCUCAGCUUCAGGAUCUGUCCUUCCAGUGAGCACUCAGGGCUGAUUUCCUUCAGAAUGGAUAGGUUUGAUCUUCUUGCAGUCCAUGGGACUCGCAAGAGUUUCUUCCAGCACCAGAAUUCAAAAGCAUCAAUUCUUCGGCGAUCAGCCUUCUUUAUGGUCCAGCUCUCACUUCCAUAUGUCACUACUGGGAAAACCAUAGCUUUCACUAUACGGACCUUUGUUGGCAAGGUGAUGUCUCUGCUUUUUAAGAUGCUGUCUAGGUUUGUCAUUGCUUUUCUCCCAAGAAGCAGGUGUCUUUUAAUUUCGUGACUGCUGUUUGGGUGUACAGUGUCCCAAAUUUCUGCCUGACCCUCCCCUAUUUCCUUCUGCAGCGGUGGAGACACAGAGCACAAGUUCAGAGGAGAUGGUGCCCAGCUCCCCCUCUCCGCCCCCACCCCCACGUGUCUACAAACCUUGUUUCGUCUGCAACGACAAAUCAUCUGGCUAUCAUUACGGGGUCAGCUCCUGCGAAGGCUGCAAGGUGAGUGGAGGGAGAUUCCCCACCCCACAAGACGCUGCCGCACACCUCAGCUAACCCUCUGCGCUGGGGGGCUCCUUGCAGCGCAGCUCGCCCGAAUCGUGAGUUCAAGCAGGCAUCUGUUCAGACCAGGAGGGUGGGGUUGGCUGCUUCACCCAGGCCUCCUUUCCUCGUCCAAAGGAAUGUUGCAGCAGGGAAUUUGAAGCUGCAUGCCAACACCCAAAAAAACAGAUUAUGCAAGCAAGAUGAAAUGUGCAAAACAAGCAUAUGCAUGCUGACUUGCAUCCUCCUGUGCCCCGGUUGUUGAAUUGGGGGGUUUCUGGUUGCAGAAAAUUCUGCACCUACUUCAAAGAUCAUCAGGUUAACAUCCGUCAGGCUGAGGCUGAAUCCGUACAUAUGGAGAGUGUGUUUUCCACCUUGGGAACCUUUGAGGGUUGGUUGCUGGAACUGAGAGCUAUAGUUAAAAGUUUCUGCUUGACUCAUUUGGCGUGUGAGGCUGUGUCCUCCAAACCAUGCCCACCUGCUCCACACCUGACUUGCUCCACAACUUGGACAGCUGGGCUUUUACUGUGCACCUAUCAUUCACCUGCCAGCAGAUGAUUGACAGGCGGUGGUCUCCCCUAUCAAAGCUGACCUGCAGGCGGAGUGGGAGAUAAAGAUCUAGGGUCCCUGGCUGAAAGAGUUCCCCACUGCUGCCCUUUAUCUCCAUACUGAGGGAGCGGAGAGACAGUGACUUGCCUAAGAUGAUGUUUGGACUCAGAACUUCCUGGUUCACAUACUUCCCAGCCCCUUACAAAAUGCCAGCUCUUUAAAGGGCAACUUCUGUUAAAGGAUCGCAAGUGGCAGGGCAGUGGAAGACCCUCUGACUGAGAUUUUGGAAAAGCUGUCGCUGCUACUGCCAGUAGGGAAGACUGUCCUGGGCUAGAACGGAAGGUCUGAUUCAUUACAAGUCAGCUGCUUAACACUUAAAAGUCAGAGGUGGGCCAAAGAACAAGGGGGCCUUGCAUCUUUUUCUGAGUGCCCCAGGUGUUUCCCUGUGUGGGGUAGUGAAUUCAGUGGAAAGAGGGAUCAAAUUAAGGGCUAUCAGUAGGAUAUUACAUAAAUUAUUUAUUAUUAUUAUUAUUAAUUCAAUUUAUAUACCACCCUUUAUCAAAAGAUCCCAAGGUGGUGUACAAUUGUUAAAAACACAUUACAGAACACCAGUGAUAAAAAUACAAUGAAAACACAUAAUAAAAAGCACACUGACAGACAGCCUAAUAAUAAAAUAGUCAUCGUAAUAACCGUCAACUCUUCUCCACACUUUCACAGGCCAUAGAUUAUUUAAUAGCCAUAGGCCUGGUUAAAGAGGAAUGCUUUUGCCUGGUGCCUAAAGACAUGUAAUGAUGGCGCCAGGCGAGCCUCUCUGGGGAGAGCAUUCCACAACCGGGGAGCCACCACAAAAAAGGCCAGUUCUCUUUUUGCCUCCCAAAGAUGACCUUUUUUGGAGAUGAUCUGGAGUGUAAGGAAUGGAAGGAACUGAACAGGAAUUGAAUUGAUUUGGAGCAGGAUAAAUUGGGAAAUUAACCGGGGUAAUAGGAAUCAAAGAGGUACUGUUUUGGGGUAUCUGACUUGGGCCGUAAAUUAAGCGACAGACUUAAACCUGGGGGUGAUCUGGAUGGAAAUAGUUGGUUUGCCUUCUGUGCCAUUUAAAGUCUAAACUGGCAUGUGCAUAUUUGCAAAUUGUAUGUACAUUUGUGUCUAUGGACCCAUGCCCCAAAAGUCACUAGCCACUCCCCUGAUCUGAAGAUUCAAAACUCAUACUGUCAUAGCCAGGUCUGAAGUUUCACCCUGGUAAGUGACAACAUCUGAAACAGCCUCCAAACUUCAAAAACGGUCCUACCUGAAGCAGCGAGUUUUGGAGAAGGUGGCAGUGGAUAUCACAAUUUGCACUGGGAAAGGAGACUUGGAAAGGAGGCUUGGAACUACCUAAGUGCCUUCCUUCCGCAUCACCCACCUGGUCACCUGUUCCUCUUUCUCCCUCUCUCUGAUGUUUUAGGGCUUCUUUCGCCGAAGCAUCCAGAAAAACAUGGUCUACACCUGCCACCGGGACAAGAACUGUCAGAUCAACAAGGUCACCCGCAACCGCUGCCAGUAUUGCCGCCUGCAAAAGUGCUUUGAGGUUGGCAUGUCCAAAGAAGGUGAGCUCUGUUCUAAGCCCGGGGGUGGGUGGGGGGGCAGUGUGUGAGGGAUGAUAGCAAAUGAGAUUACAGUAGGUAAAACAAAACAGAAAGCAAAGGGAGGUUCCAUUCAGUGCCCUUCAGAUGGGGUGGCAUGCAUGCCCCCAUUCGCUGGCAUAGACGUAACACACUUUGAAACUGUCAGCCUGUGUGUGCAAGGACCAUGUCUGCCUUACUGUUUUAUGUACCGCAGAAGUAGUCAUUCGAAUACAGUGGUACCUCAGGUUACAUACGCUUCAGGUUACAGACUCCGCUAACCCAGAAAUAGUGCUUCAGGUUAAGAACUUUGCUUCAGGAUGAGAACAGAAAUUGUGCUCUGGCGGCGCUGGGGCAGCAGGAGGCCCCAUUAGCUAAAGUGGUGCUUCAGGUUAAGAACAGUUUCAGGUUAAGAACGGAUCUCCGGAACGAAUUAAGUACUUAACCCAAGGUACCACUGUAUUAUGUUUUUUGUUGGCAACAGCCAUUGGCAGAUUCUCUCCCCUCCCCCCCCCCCGGAUUUGUACACAGACCAUGUCACGUUUAGAUGAUGGGUACGCAGGAACAUUUUCCCUUGCAUCCUCACAUCUGUGUGCAUGCACAUAUUUGCAUGCAUCCCCAAUGGAACCUCGCUAUUUUAAGGAGUGGUCUGCGCAUAGGUCCCUCCUGCCUGCCUUUGUCACUUUACUUGCUGCGCAUCAAAUGUAGAAUUUUGUAAUUGGCCUGUGUUGCCAAGAUACAAUCGCAGGGACAUCUAAGAGGAGGCACACAACCUAGGCCAGCGCUUCUGAAGGGAUCUUUGGCUCCCGCAGCCUGAAAACUCCUGCGAAGCCAUCUGCUUUCUGUAUCUGGUUUCGCCGCUGCGUUUCCUUCCACGGUGGUGCUUUUCAAUGCAUUCCACCCCCAAGGAAAAGCAUCGGGGGAACAUUUACCUUGGAACUGAAAAGGCAACGUGGGUUUUUCAGGAAAGCUGCGUGAGCGGGAGACUGCCGUUUGCAACUAUUCCCGCCUUGCUCCUCAAGGCUGCACACACAGAGCUCUGCCGAUAUUCUGUUCUGAUGAAACGUUUUCCAUGUGUAUUCCUUGGAGGGGAAAUAAUUCCGAGAGCACUCCCACAGAGGAACAAACAAACAAACAAAACUCCCAGUGGAGGGGGGGAGGUACUUUAGUCACUGCCCCGCUUGGGGAGUUUGCCGUCCCUUUCAAGAGUCCUGUCAGCUGCUCAGCCCUUCCAAGAGACAGAGAGCCUCUCAGCGGCUGUUGCUUUUACUCCCAACUGCUUAGGCAUGUCUUCGCGCUGGCCUGGGCCAGGGCUCACAUUAAUCACCGUCUCUUUAAGAGCCCCUAAUUAGGAAUGUCUAUGUCUCGAAACCUGGCAAUUUAUUUCCGAGGGCCUGUCACUUUAAAGGGAGAGAGGCGGUCGGUGGAGAGGAUUGGGCAAGGGGCGUGGGGCAUGGCUGGCUGGCUGGCUGGGGAAGGAAUGUUAUCCCGAUGGGUUGUCACUACAGAGACAGGAAACGGAUGGCCUAAGGGAUUUGGGCCAGCGCAGCCCCUCCUCCCUUUCCCUCCCAGUAUCCCAUGUAGACUCAAAUGGGAUUUAGUGCUAAGCAAGGGGGGGGGGGGCGUUGCAGAAAAACCAAGGAAUUGGGGGGUUGAGGUGCUCACCCUCACAGCUAGACUUCUGCUAAACCUACAGUGGUACCUCGGGUUACAUGCGCUUCAGGUUACAUACGCUUCAGGUUACAGACUCCUCUAACCCAGAAAUAGUGCUUCAGGUUAAGAACUUUGCUUCAGGAUGAGAACAGAAAUCGUGCUCCGGCGGCGCAGCAGCAGCAGGAGGCCCCAUUAGCUAAAGUGGUACCUCAGGUUAAGAACAGUUUCAGCUUAAGAACGAAUCUCCGGAACGAAUUAAGUACUUAACCCGAGGUACCACUGUAUAUGCUUUCGCCUCUUGAAAGCAAAGGCAUAAGCUUGUGUUUGUGCUGGGGAGAGUAGGUUGGUGGUGGUGGGGGGAAAUACCUUGAGGCAGUAGGGUUCUCAGUUUGCGUGUGUGUUGCCGCCCCCCCCCCCCGCUGCAAAGAGGUCUAUGGCUUGGCUGGCAGCAGCCCCCCACCCCCUUCAGCAUUGUGCUGACUGUGGCUAAAAGUGUAUAUCCUGCCAAUUGGCGUAUCCUGUUCCCAGAUCCCUGGCGCUUUAUCCUGGGGUGAACAGGAAGGGCAGCCUGGGAAGGCUCAGGCCAGCGAGAGUGCACACGCAACCCCAGGACUCUCGGUAAAGGGAGGGGUGCCGGCAGAGCCUGGGGAAGCGAGGGAGGGGGGGAGUUACUGGUGCUGCUGCUGCUCCUGGCACCCCUAGGUUGGAGAGAGAGAGGGAAGAGGAUAAAAUUUCUCCCCACCCCACGUCCCACCUGAACACACACAUGCCAGCCCAAGAUAAACUCCUGAGAAAUCAUCGCAGGCAUCUCCAGAUUCCUUGCCCAGGGGGUACUGGGUCUGGGUCUCUCUGGUUUUCUUUUUUUGGAUACAUCUGGAGCUCGUUGCUCAAGCAACGCAGCUUUGCUCUCCGUUGUGGGAUGUGUAAGGAAGAAGGCUGAGGACUGGGUAAAUGCAGAAUGAAGUUGGUGGGGCAUUAAUAAUAAUAAUAAUUUUUUUUUAUAUAUUCCGCCCUCCCCAGCCGAAGCCGGGCUCAGGGCGGCUAACAACAAUAAAAUAGUACAACGUUCUGAAAUCAUUUCAUUAUAAAAGUAAUUCAAAUCAAAUUGAUGGCAGCCAUUGGGCCAAAGUUCUGUGAAGAUUGCCAAGGGAGGGAGUCAGGCUGUGCCCUGGCCAAAGGCUUGGUGGAACAGCUCUGUCUUGCAGGCCCUGCGGAAAGAUGUCAAGUCCCGCAGGGCCCUAGUCUCUUGUGACAGAGCGUUCCACCAGAUUGGAGCCACAGCCAAAAAAGCCCUGGCUUUAGUUGAGGCCAGCCUAACCUCUCUGUGGCCUGGGACCUUCAGGAUGUUUUUGUUUGAAGACCGUAAGUUCCUCUGUGGGACAUACCAGGAGAGGCGGUCCCAUAGGUACGAGGGUCCUAGGCCGUAUAGGGCUUUAAAGGUUAAAACCAGCACCUUAAACCUGAUCCUGUACCCCACCGGGAGCCAGUGCAGCUGGUAUAGCACCGGAUGAAUGUGAUCUCGCAGCGAGGACCCCGUAAGGAGUCUCGCCGCGGCAUUCUGCACCCGCUGGAGUUUCCCCUAAAGGACCAGCCUUCACUGAGAGUGAGGGACUGUGAGUGCAAGCCUAGAAUUGGGACAUCUAGAGGCAUCUAGUCCAACCCCCAGCAAUGCAGGAAUCUCAGUUAAAGCAUCCCUGGCAGAUGGCCAUCCAACCUCUGCAUAAAAGCCCCCCAAGGAAGGAGAGCCACCAAUUCCCGAGGGAGAACAGCUCUUAGAAAGUUUUUUUCCUGGUGUUUAGUCAAGUUUCUUGUAACUUGAAUCCAUUGGUCCCAGUCCUACCCUCCAGAGCAGGAGAAAGCAAGCUUGCUCCAGCUUCCACAAUCUUACGAUGGGCCAUUACUCAGAAGUAAAUAUUCAAUGGGACUUAUUUCCAGGAAAGGUUUCAGCCAAUGGACUCUUCAACCACUUUUGAUAAUGAAUGCCAUGAGGUAGAUGGAAUGGAGGGUAAGCAGUCUUAAGGGUCUGGAAUAACUUGGCAACCCUUAUUCCAUCAGUGAUGCGUUAAAAAUCACCACAGCAUGAGAUGUCCCCCAGACUGUCCUUAAAAAUAAAUGAGUGAAUUAUUAUUUAAACAAUCUGGUUUGGUGUACAAAAGGGAGAUUAAAAUUUACAAAGAGCUAAUAAAACCACAUGGGGCGCGGGUGGCGGUGUGGGUUAAACCACAGAGCCUAGGACUAAUAAUAAUAAUAAUAAUAAUAAUAAUAAUUUAUUAUUUGUACCCCGCCCAUCUGGCUGCCCCCCCCCCCCCAGCCACUCUGGGCGGCUUCCAUAGAAACAAAAAAUACAGUAAAAUAUCACAGAUUAAAAGCUUCCCUGAACAGGGCUGCCUUAAGAUGCCUUCUAAAUGUCAGGUAGUUAUUUCUCGCUUUGACAUCUGAUGGGAGGGCGACUUGCUGAUCAGAAGGUCGGCGGUUCGAAUCCCCGCGAUGGGGUGAGCUCCCAUUGCUCAGUCCCUGCUCCUGCCAACCUAGCAGUUCGAAAGCACAUCAAAGUGCAACUAGGUAAAUAGGUAUCGCUCUGGCGGGAAGGUAAACAGCGUUUCUGUGCGCUGCUCUGGUUCACCAGAAGCGGCUUAGUCAUGCUGGCCGCAUGACCCAGAAACUGUACACCGGCUCCCUUGGCCAAUAAAGCGAGAUGAGCACCGCAACCCCAGAGUUGGCCAUGACUGGACCUAAUGGUCACGGGUCCCUUUACCUUUACCUUUAAUAAAACCACAUAUGAGUUCUCUUGUAGGGAAGUGCCUGUAGAAUCCAAAAAGUUAAUCCCAUGCUGCUUCUGUGGAAUUUGGGACUUUUACAAGACAGUUGUGGAGUGGGUGAAAUCCGUUUAUAUCCCAAAGUACCGUAUUUUUCGCUCUAUUGGACGCACCGGACCAUAGGACGCACCGGACCAUAGGAGGGGGAGAACAGGGGGAAAAAAAUUUCUAAGUCAAGGUGUGUUCUGUGCGUUCAAGGUGCAUUCACCCGAAGCCUCCGGAGUCCAGCGGGAGUUCCCGCUGGGCUCUGGAGGCUUUGGGUUCCUUUCGACCUGCUCUUUGGGGCUGGCGGGGGGGGGGGAGCGCUGCUUUCCCCCACCGCCAGCUUCCAAACCAGGCUUCUGGAUGCAGGCUGCUAUCCGCAAGCCUGGGGAGCCCGGCGGGAACUCCCACCAAGCUCCCCAGGCUUGCGGAUAGCUUCCUGAAGCCUGGAGAGCGAGAGGGGGCAGGGCGCACCAACUUCUCUCGCCCUCCAGGCUUCAGCGAAAGCCUGCAUUCGCUCUAUAGGACGCACACACAUUUCCCAUUCAUUUUUGGAGGGGGAAAAGUGUGUCCUAUAGAGCGAAAAAUACGGUAAUUACCAUUCAUUCCCCAGAUACACUAGAUCAGGGUUUCCCAAACUUGGGUGUCUAGAUGGUUUUGUACUACCAACUUGCAUCAUCCCUAGCUGGCAGGACCAAUGGUCAGGGAUGGUGGAAAUUGUAGUCCCAAAACAGGUGGAGCAAGUUUGGGAAUCCCUGCUCUAUAGAGGUAGGCUGCACUCAAUUCCUAGGAAAAUAAAAAGCUGCCUUAUACUGGUCUAUCUAGCUCAGCACUGUAUACACUGACUGGCAGCAGCAGUUCAGGGUUUCAGAUAGGGGUCUCACACAGCCCUAACGGGAGAUGCUGGGGAUUUGAACCUGGGACCGUCUGCAUGAAAAGCAGAUUCAGGUAGGUAGCCAUGUUGGUCCGAUGCAGUUGAAAUACAGUGGUACCUCGGGUUAAGUACUUAAUUCGUUCCGGAGGUCUGUUCUUAACCUGAAACUGUUCUUAACUGAAGCACCACUUUAGCUAAUGGGGCCUCCUGCUGCCACCGCGCCACCGGAGCACAAUUUCUGUUCUCAUCCUGAAGCAAAGUUCUUAACCUGAAGCACUAUUUCUGGGAUAGCGGAGUCUGUAACCUGAAGCGUAUGUAACCUGAGGUACCACCAUAUAUAUAAAUAAUAUAUAAAUAGUAAAUAGUAAAUAAUAAAUAAAAAAAAAUAUAAAUAUAAAUAACCUAAAUAAUCUAAAUUAUAUAUAUAUAUAUGUCCAGUAGCACCUUAGAGACCAACUAAGUUUGUUCUGGGUAUAAGCUUUCAUGUGCAUGCACACUUCUUCAGAUACACCUGAUGGUGGUUGUUGUUGUUGUUAAAGAUUUCUUACACACCCUUCACUCUAAAGGACAGUCACAACAAUAUACAUAUGUCCAGAGUGGCUCAGUUUGUAGAACAUGAGGCUCUUAAUAUCAGAGUCAUGGAUUCGAGUCCUUCAUUGGGCAAAAGAUUCCUGAGCUUGGGCUCAGUGGUCCGCCUUGAUACCCCUUGACGCACCACCUCAGAGGCUGGCAACUAUCCAUGCAACUGUUUUCAGUGGAUGCUGGUAGCCCAGUUUCUGCCCCCAUGUUUCUUUAGGGCACUGCAAAAACACAGCAUCUGAGGCUAUGGGUUGCCAGGAGUUGGGGAUGAGCUGAGAGGGCUGGCAAGAGGCUUCAGUUUCACCCACAGGCGGUGUUGUAGAAGAUCUCUAGGUGAGGUGUCUCCCCGGUAAUAAACAAAAAUCUGCCCUUAUUCCCCUAUGGGGGACACAAGAGCCCUUAUAGAGUCCUUUGUAGGUUCUCCAUCGAUCGGAGAAAAUAACAGAGGCCAACUAGAUAAUAUUGAGAAGAAAAGCAGCUAGUGAGCCUCAUCUUUAUUGAUCUGUUGCAACAGGGCGCUCCCCUCACAUGCAGGAGAGGAGGAGGACCCAGAACCAAGGUGUGCCUGCCCUUAUAUAGACAUUUUAAAUUCCCUGCCCUGGAGCUCAAGACCACCCCUCCAUACAUCAUACAUACAUCACAGAAGGGGUGUAACCCAAGACCACCCCCCACAAACAUCAUACCUACAUCACAGAAAAGGUGGUCUACAACAGAAAUUUGAAUGUUGUUGUUUUUCCUGUCUGCCAGGUUAUCUGAUAGUGCCUUUCCUGGUAGUCUUUUCCUGGUAGUCUGGCCAUUCCUUUGAGAUGAUGCUUACCCAAUUCCUGAGACAAUGGGAAGGUUCCCUCACCCCCUCUCUCCUUGCAGAGAAAACAUGCUUCAGACAUGUGGUCCACAUAUCUAUGUACGUGUUUGCUUGGUACAUUUAUGAACAUUUAUUAUAUAUCUAAGACCUUAAUUUUUUUUAUUUCACCGGGCAGACCCGUCUUGGAUGGGAGCCAGCGCCCCUGUCCCCACAGUGCCGUCUGCGAACAAUUUCAGCAGAGAUUCCACCAACCCACCACGCAUGUUGCCUCGGCCUAACCGCCACGGCUCUCUCUCUUCUCUGCGUCUGGAAAUGGAGGGAUUUUUAUUUCAUUUUUUGGUGGGGUCAGGUCAUAAGAACAUGGGAACUUCCCCACACCAAGAAAUUCCCUCCUCACCUUCCUUCCCUCAUCUCUCUCUUUCAGCCGUGAGGAACGACCGCAACAAGAAGAAAAAAGACGUGAAGGAGGAGGUUGUGGUAGACAGCUACGAAAUGACACCUGAGCUGGAAGAACUCAUCCAGAAGGUCAGCAAAGCUCACCAGGAAACCUUCCCUUCCCUCUGCCAGCUGGGCAAAUAUACAACGGUAAGAGCCGCAGCGUGUUUCUCCUCCCUUCUUUUGCUCAUACGUGUCCCCUGUAGAAAACAACAAACUGCGACAGGAACACUGGGCACAUCACAUCCUAGCCCAGUCCAUGCCUGCAGGCAUCAAGUGUGGCCUUAAACACCUUGUCCCUGAAAAUAUUAUACCUGGGUAAUUUAAAUGGUUCACUCUUCAGAGUAGAAUUUCUUAUUUGAAUUGUGUACAUUGUACAUUGAAAGGGAUGCGGGUGGCGCUGUGGGUUAUACCACAGAGCCUAGGGCUUGCCGAUCAGAAGGUUGGCGGUUCGAAUCCCCAUGAUGGGGUGAGCUCCCGUUGCUCGGUCCCUGCCCCUGCCAACCUAGCAGUUCGAAAGCACAUCAAAGUGCAAGUAGAUAAAUAGGUACCGCUCCGGCGGGAAGGUAAACAGCGUUUCCGUGCACUGCUCUGGUUCGCCAGAAGCGGCUUAGUCAUGCUGGUCACAUGACCCGGAAGCUGUACGCCGGCUCCCUCGGCCAAUAAAGCGAGAUGAGUGCUGCAACCCCAGAGUCGGUCAUGACUGGACCUAAUGGUCAGGGGUCCCUUUACCUUUACAUUGAGGGCAUGUAUAUCAGUAACCCUCACCAACAAUGAUAAAUGGUAUUCAGCUAAACCAUACUCGUAAAAGGCCCAUUGAAAUCAAUGUUACCUCAGUUAGGUAAGCAAAAGGUAAAGGACCCCUGGACAGUUAAGUCCAGUCAAAGGCAACUAUGGGGUUGCGAUGCUCAUCUCACUUUAUAGGCCGAGGGAGCUUGUGUUUGUCCGCAGACAGCUUUUCUGGGUCAUGUGGCCAGCAUGACUAAACCACUUCUGGCACAAUGGAACACCAUGACAGAAGCCAGAGAGCACAGAAACAUCGUUUACCUUCCCACCACAGCAGUACCUAUGUAUCUACUUGCGCUGGUGUGAUCCACAUUGGGUUCUGCCCUGGUGGAAAGGUGGGAUGUUAAUUCAUUAAUUUGUAUUUAUUUUAGCGGGUCUCCUCUAAGUAUUAUUUAGUUGCAUAUGAAGUCUUCUGUGUUGUUCUGAGUUUGCAAUGCGUUCUCCCUGGGUUAUUAUUUCCUGUUUUAAGGGGAAACUCCCCUCACCCCCAGCUAUAUAUUUGUAAAGGUAAAGGUAAAGGGACCCCUGACAAUUAAGUCCAGUCGCGAACAACUCUGGGGUUGCGGUGCUCAUCUUGCUUUACAGGCCGAGGAAGCCGGCAUUUGUCUGGGUCAUGUGGCCAGCAUGACUAAGCCGCUUCUGGCGAAACCAGAGCAGUGCACGGAAACGCUGUUUACCUUCCCGCCGGAGCAGUACCUAUUUAUCUACUUGCACUUUGACGUGCUUUAGAACUGCUAGGUUGGCAGGAGCAGGGACCAAGCAACAGGAGCUCACCCCAUCGUGGGGAUUCGAACCGCUGACCUUUUGAUCGGCAAACCCAAGCGGCACAGUGGUUUAACCCACAGCGCCACCCGCAUCCCAUAUAUAUAUAUGAUAUUAACCUUUUUUUUUUUUAACUAAUACAUCUAGUCAAUAGCUUCCCUGGAGUAUAUAGGUAUCAUAGUCUAUUGGUCAUCAGCUGGUGGGUUGGGAACAUGGAUGAGUCCCAUAGCCUGACCUAAGCUGGGUCGGAGCAGCUACUCUUCCACUGUACAAAUUAUGCGGUAUAAAUUUUUUAAAGUAGGUCCCCAAAUGCAUAUUUGGGCUAAAGAUGGCACAUUGGUCUAGAAAGGUUGUCCUGGUACAUUGGUCUUCUGCUGUUAAGUUGAUAUACACAGCUGGUCAUGCUUUCACCUAAAGUCCACCACAUCACUGGUGCUGCCACCAUUCACAUUUUGUUGUUAUUAUGAUGGUUUAGGAUUAAAAAGAAGAAGAAGAAGAAAACUGCAAAAGAGGGGGGAAAUUGCAGUUGGGAGAGGAGACAAUGGUAGGAAGAUAGAACAGAUAAAGACCAUCAUAUAUAGUAGGAACAACAUUAAGGUGGUUCCAUAUUUCAAGGUGGGAGCUAAAGAUGGUUGCAGGUUUGAAAAGGUCCUAGUAUGAUAAAUUAACAUGUGCCAUUAAGAUAUGGUGGGGAAUAUGCAGGAGAAAUGAUUUCGAGGAGAUAUGGAAGGUGUUUGUAGAAUUUGUACUGUUAAAACGGAAAGGGGUCAAACCAUCGCAAAAAGGUGUUGAAAUUUUGGGAGGUUGGAUAGUUACAAUAGGUAGAGACAAUGGUCUCGGCGUUGGGGUGCACAUUUUUAUUCUUACCUAUUUAUGAUUAUUACUUUGUCAAAAUAGAUAGAGAGGGAGAGAGAGGUAAAUAGAUGCCAUGAUAACAUGUAAGGAAGAUAAAAAAAUAAACCGGCGCAAGCCCACUUUGGCUGAGCCAGAGACCUGCUGAUAUAAGUCCCACAUCCAGCUCAGCUGGGAUUCAGUCCCUGGAACUUAAUGCAGCAAUAUGUAAGUCCCCCAAAAGGGGUGUUCUGAGGGGUGAGAUGAGGCAAAGAGAGAUUUACGCACACACACACACACACAAAAGGUCCUAGUUCACUUCCAGCACCACCUUCUCCUAGUAGGUAGGGGUGGGCAGAAAGUAGAUUGGAAUCUCUAGAUGAUUUGCAGUAGAUCAGCAAGAAUUUCUGACUUAGGUUGCCACAGCAAUAACUAAAAAACUUUUGCUCCCAAAUUAAGUUGCUUGGGGGUGGGGGAGGGAACCAGGAGGGAACCAAGGACCUGUGAACUUGAUUUGGAUACUGACCACUAAUUCCUGGGCUGAGAUUUACUCUGAGAUGCCAUGUUCCUAUAGUUGAAGUGUAUGCCUACCAUACGAGGGACACGGGUGUCGCUGUGGGUUAAACCACAGAGCCUAGGGCUUUCCGAAUAGAAGGUUGGUGGUUCGAAUCCCCGCGAUGGGGUGAACUCCCGUUGCUCGGUCCCUGCUCCUGCCAACCUAGCAGUUCGAAAGCACCUCAAAGUGCAAGUAGAUAAAUAGGUACCACUCCGGCCAAUAAAGCGAGAUGAGCACUGCAACCCCAGAGUUGGUUACGACUGAACCUAAUGGUCAGGGGUCCCUUGACCUUCACCUUUACCUAUGCCUACCACUCUUUCCAAGCCACUAUAUCAGCUCAAGCUGGUGGACCUCAGGGGUCCUUAAGUAAAGCAACAAAGCAUUAGAUUGCCUAAAUGCCUGACAUCUGCUUACCUUUGCCAUAAGGGAUGCUGACUGGUGGGAGAAACUCCUAAGCUGCGCUAAGCGUGCGAGCCCUCCUGUAUCUGCACAAACACAAACAGAAGGUGCAACGUGGGGAGAAGAAGGCAGCAUUUUCAAUCCCUGAUCUCUCAUCCUUUCUCUUCCAGAACUCUAGCGCAGACCACAGAGUACAGCUGGACCUGGGGCUGUGGGACAAGUUCAGUGAGCUGGCCACCAAGUGCAUUAUUAAGAUUGUGGAGUUUGCCAAACGCCUGCCAGGCUUCACCACCCUCAGCAUCGCCGACCAAAUCACCCUGCUCAAGGCGGCCUGCCUAGACAUCUUGGUGAGGGGCUACAGCAGGCAACAAGAGCUGAUUGGGGAAGCGAGGGGUGUGUGGCCUUUGCCAGAGGGCUGCAUAUAAUGCGGGAUGCAAACGGUGACAACGGAGAGAAAGAAAAAGCUUUGCCACGCCUUUCUGCAGGGUUGUCUGAAAUGGUGCAAAAUUAAGCAUGUGCUCAGACAGUUCUGCUUCUGCUAAUUGUAGAGAAGAGCAAGGAGUAAGGCAGGAUGUUGAAGCCCCUUCUUGUGUGCUGGGAAUUCUGCUCAGCUCCAUCUCUGUCUGUCGAGGUUUCCCUGGGCAUCUUCCAACCACUCUGAGCCUGUUGUUGUAGGGGUUAAAGGCCAAGAAGCUUACUUGAGAGGCUGAGAUUCUCAGGACACUUGAACUCUGCACCUAAUACACAGAAUUGCAACCUUCUUUGCAGACCUAGGGCUCAUCCACACUUGUGCUUAUCCCAUGCCUAGAAAGCAUGGAUCCAAGCAGUUUUCCUCAUUCCCAGGCAAGGCCCACUCCUAAAUACUAAAUCAAAGCAAAUGUCAAUCCAGAGAAAACCCGAAUUGCCAUUUGCUCCAAUUGAGCACUAAAGAUCGUUUUUCCCUGGAUGAAAGCAGUGGGACAAGAGGGAGAGUGGAUAACCUCUAGUGAGAACCUCUCCCUUAUUAAUCAUAGAAUUGUAGAGUUGGGAGCGAUCCCCGAGGCCAUAGCUGUCAACGUUUCUCUUUUUUUAAGGGACAUUCCCUUAUUCCGAAUAGGAUUCCUCACAAGAAAAGGGAAAAGUUGACAGCUAUGCCUGAGGGUCAUCUGGUCCAACCCCUGCAAUUUGAAACCAUACCAGACCCUGCUUAGCUUUGCAAAUGUGCUAGCAGUUUUAUUGCUGCCCCACUUAAGAGGACAUUCUAGACGUGACCUUCUUCCUGACCGUCUUCUCUGUGCUCCCUUCCGCCUUCUGCAGAUGCUCCGUAUUUGCACCCGCUACACCCCAGAGCAGGACACCAUGACCUUCUCGGAUGGGCUGACCCUGAACCGCACCCAGAUGCACAAUGCAGGAUUUGGGCCCCUCACAGACCUGGUCUUUGCCUUUGCUGGGCAACUGCUGCCUCUUGAGAUGGACGACACAGAGACAGGACUGCUCAGCGCCAUCUGCCUCAUCUGUGGAGGUAAUGGCCGUGUUGCAGCCUCCUCAGGCAUUGUUAUCAGCCUUGUCUUUAAUGGUAAAGGGGACCCCUGACCAUUAGGUCCAGUCGUGACCGACUCUGGGGUUGCGGCGCUCAUCUCGCUUUAUUGGCUGAGGGAGCCGGCAUACAGUUUCCGGGUCAUGUGGCGAGCUUGACUAAGCCGCUUCUGGAGAACCAGAGCAGCGCACGGAAACGCCGUUUACCUUCCCGCCGGAGUGGUACCUAGUUAUCUACUUGCACUUUGAUGUGCUUUUGAACUGCUAGGUUGGCAGGAGCAGGGACCGAGCAACGGGAGCUCACCCCGUCGCGGGGAUUCGAACCGCUAAUCUUCUGAUCGGCAAGUCCUAGGCUCUGUGGUUUAACCCACAGCGCCACCCGCUCCCCAGCUUUGUCUUUAAGGGCUGGCAAAGGGAGCCUGUCGACCUUUUUGAGGUCUGGUUCUUGCCGAUAGUUCUACUUUGCAAGCAACCAGUACCAAAUUUUGUAAGAUUUCUAAGACACUGCAGGGAAAGGAUAGGAAAUGACAUCUGCAUCAGCAGAAAGCCUGGAAUAGUAUCAUAAAGUAUACAGCUGUGUUUCCAGACUUGGGUCUCUAGCUGUUUUUGGACUACAACUCCCAUCAUCCCUAGCUAGCAAGACCAGUGAUCAGGGAUGAUGGGAACUGUAGUCCAAAAACAACUGGAGACCCAGGUUUGUGAGACACUGGUCUACAACUAGAAAGGCCAGAAUCUUCUAUCAGAACAAUCACACUGGUAAUUUGUAUACACAUUUGUAUAAUUCUGCUAAAUGGUUGCAUGCUUGGUAUUACGGCUCCGUUUAAUGUGCUGAACAUGCCUGUUUCUGAAUCCCACAUGGCUGUCUUUCCAACCUCCUCAAAGCAGUAACCUCUUCCUGAUCGACUGACAUUGCAUUUCUGCCCCGCCUUUCGAUAAAGAACUCAAAAGACAAAACCAACAAAACAAACAGCACUGCCUGUCUCUUCGUCUCCAGAUCGAAUGGACCUGGAAGAGCCGGAGAAGGUGGACAAGCUACAAGAGCCACUGCUGGAAGCCCUGAAGAUUUACGCUCGCCGACGUCGGCCCAACAAGCCUUACAUGUUUCCCCGCAUGCUGAUGAAGAUCACUGACCUGCGGGGGAUCAGCACCAAAGGUGAGCACAAGCCCAUCAUCAACACAGUGCCACAUAGGCAAUUGCACCCUGGAUGCGAAUGCGUGGUGGCUGGUCCCCAUUGGAAUUGGUGGGGCAGAAGAAGGCAAGGCAGCCACCAGUAGGUGGAGCCAGAGCCAACUCAUUCUAGUUUUGUUUCCUGUUGUGUACUGAGUUGAAUAGGAUCCAAAAGGCAGCAGUCUGAUUGGUCCUAGAACAAUAGGGUCCAGAAUGCAGCAGUCUGAUUGGUCCACAGGAGCCACCCAAUCCAGCUCCAGGUGGAAGUGAAUCCGCAACCUGCUUGGCCUACAGGUGAAUCCCGGAAUUAGCCAAUCAUAUGGGGCCCAUUGUGUAAAUAAUGUAUAUAAAGCAGACAUUCUGGGGGAACUUCCAUUCCUCCUCACCACUAUGAGCUGAAUAAAGAGCAUGAAAUCCAGUCUCGACUCCGAGUAUAUUUCAUCUCCAUUCCCUUCCCUACCGUCAGGCUGCCUGGAUAGCUCAGUUGGUUAGAGCAUAGUGCUGAUAAUGCCAAGGUUGCAGGUUCGAACCUUUAAGGGACAGCUGCAUAUUCCUGCAUUGCAGGGGGUUGGACUGGAUGAUCCUUAGGGUCCCUUCCAACUCUAGAAUUCUAUGAUUGUAAAUUGAAGAGGAGGUUCAAAGCCAGAUGCACUUGUUGAACUGGUUGUAAGUCAGAGGGCUGGCAGCUGGUUAAGGGCAGAAUGAUCAUCUUCAUAUAGCUACAAACUUUUCUGUGCUGAUCUCAGGCAUCUCAAAACCGGAUUAUUGAGAACCAACGACUCGUGGCGCAUUCGUUGUCACCCCUGCCAUUUUCUGUUUCCAGGCAUUGUGUAGGAACAGUUGUUCUCUUGCAUCUCCUCCCCAUCUUGCCCACAGCAUCCUCAGUGUUGGAUGGGAGCUUAUGGGAUCUCUGUUCCCUUUGGUUCCUCCCCAGCAAAAUCACAGCAUUGAAGGGAGGAGGGGGGAAACCUUCGUUAUCUCCUCCGCGGCAAACCUUUGGUUCUUCUACAUCCCGGCACUGACCUCUUCCAGGAGCAACGAGAAAUCUCCUGGGGUGUGCAUCGACAGAUUUUGCCCACAGCCGGCCAGUUGCCUUAUCAGUGUGCAAGAACUUGCCAAUUCCUUCCAUGCGCUUGCAGUAGCGCCAGAGAAGAGCAUGUAACAGUAGUGCCCUGCGGUGCAGCUAUUCUCGCCAUCUCUGCUGCCAGGGAAACUCCGCCCGGGUCUCAUGGCUGCCUUUCCUCCUGUAGGAAUGUUGAGGAUAGUAGGAGAACAUAUAUUGAUUAAAUAUUAUCCUUCCUCACCCACGCUAGUGAGCUAGUAGCAGAACACAUACCCCCGUACAUAGCAGGCAGCUAAUUGAUAGAUUCGUUAGAACCAUUUCAGUUAAAUGGUUGUACAAUCCAGUCUGGCUUGUACAGAUUGGAUUGUUCCUGGUAAAUCCCUGGUAAAGGUAAAGGUAAAGGUAAAGGGAAAGGGACCCCUGACCAUUAGCGCACGGAAACGCCGUUUACCUUCCCACCAGAGCCGUACCUAUUUAUCUACUUCACUUUGACGUGCUUUCGAACUGCUAGGUUGGCAGGAGCGGGGACCAAGCAACGGGAGCUCACUCAAUUGCAGGGAUUCAAACCGCCAACCUUCUGAUCAGCAAGUCUUGGGUCUGUGGUUUAACCCACAGCACCACCCGCGGCCCUUCAAUCCAUUAUUUCCCUUUUAAAAACAAUAAUGACACAACAGUCUUCUUUUAGAAAGCACUGUACCGUCCUAUCUUGGAAGUUGAACGGAAUCUGUUCCAGAAGUCCGUUCGACUUCCAAAUCGCGGCUUCAGAUUGGCUGCAGGAAGCUCCUGCAGCCAAUCGGAAGCCCCGUCGGACGUUUGGCUUCGAAAAGAACGUUUGAAAACCGGAACAGUCACUUCCAGGUUGCAAUCAUUUGGGAGCCAAAACGUUCGAGAACUAGGCUGUUCGAAAAACAAGGUACAACUAUAAUGAUAAGGUUUACUUACAUUCAGUUCACAGUAUGACCUUGAAGACAGGCUUUAGCUUUUAGUUACAGUUGCAGACAAAGGUGUGAGUUCAUUGUUUGUGAGGGAUGAGCCCAUGUGUUUCUGGCUGAGAGCCAGCACACAGCAAAAGGCAUCAAGAUGGGAUAAGGUGUAAAUGGGCAUUGUUGUCUUGGAAGAUGUUUAGUAGGGCCAAUUCUGGGGUGAUUUCUAAUACUUGCUUAGUUAUUUUACAUAUUUCUCGUAGGCCGUUGUCCAGCAUAGUUGGAUUUUCAUAACCCACCUACUUUCAGCAGCCAGAAACACCAUAACCAGACACUGGAGAGACCUGUCAGGAGUAAGCAUGGACCAAUGGUGCCAAAUAGUAUGGGAAACAGCCCUACUAGAAAAAUUAACCAAUAAACUGAAACUGACAUGGGGACAAACAGAAGAAGACGCCUUCCCUUUAUCACAUACACAGCCCAACAAGACAAUGACAAUAAUCCACCCACAGCAUACAAAUCAAUAUGGCUAACCUGAUCCAAAACACCCACCCCACUCACACACGAAAACAAAGACCACCACAGCCAAUCACAAACAACCACACCCUAGGCCAACCCCAACCUCUCUCACCACCAACGAAACACAAAUGAACAGCAGAGAACCUACACGAGCAACGCUGACACCAAACCCCACAUACAUUAAGCAAAAUAGAAACAUCGCCAACCGACCCCCCCCAUCUUCCCCCCCUCCACCCCUUUUUUUCUCCCCCCCACCAAUGUCUCAACAAAUGAAACAGAUUUGUAAAAAUGUUGCAUGGGAAAAAUACGAGAGACAUUACACAUACUUCUGUAAAACAAGAAAAUCUUUAAUAAAUAAAUAAAUAACAAAAAAGAUGGGAUAAGAUGAAAAAGGCAAAAUGGCUGCGUGACCAGCCCCUUUAUAGGGUCUGCCAGGGUCACGCCCAUCUACCUGGUCACAUGCAGGGGGACGAUGCUCCAGACCAGGUGUGACAGGAAGUCCUCCUGGCUGAAGCAACAUUCCCCUGUGUGUCCACUCUGGACAAACAGGAAACGUUGUACUGGACUGCUUUUGUGAUGUUAAAUCCCACACCUCCCUUCUUCCCCCUUCUCCCCCAAACAGGGGCUGAACGAGCCAUCACCCUUAAGAUGGAGAUUCCUGGUCCCAUGCCACCGCUCAUCCGAGAGAUGCUGGAAAACCCCGAGAUGUUUGAAGACGAGUUGUCGCAGCCCCCGCCCCUGGCAGAACCCCCCAGCUCUGAGGAGAGCCCUGCAGAUGCCAAGAGCCAGGAGGAGGACGAAGAGCAGGAAGCCCCCUAG